GGAGAGGAGAAACGCGGCUCCCUCCCCGCUGCGGGCUCCGGGCUCCCUGCUCCGCUGGCUUUCGUAGCCUGGAGUGGCCCGGGGCCCGGCCAUGUCCGCUUUCUGCUUGGGGCCCGUUUCAGCACCAUCGGAACUGGACAGCGCCUGCCGCAUGGAACUGCAAGGGCCGCCCCAGUCGACGUCGGAGGGGGGAGCCAAGGACAGCCGGAGCUCGCCCACAGCCGGGCCCGCCGCCGCCGCCGCUUCCUCUUCCUCUUCCUCGGCCUUCGAGGUGGGCGGCUCGGAAGGAGAGCUGGAGCUGGAGGAAGAGCUGGCUCUGCUAGCCGCCGCCGGGGAUGCUGCGCCCGGGGAGCCCGAGUCCAUGGGCCCGGCGGAGGCGGCUCCGCAGCCGGAGCUGCUCUCCCUGAUGAGGCAGAAGGAGAAGGAUUUGCUGUUAGCCGCUCGGCUCGGGAAGGCGCUGCUGGAGCGCAACCAGGAUAUGAGCCGCCAGUACGAGAGGAUGCACAAGGAGCUGACGGAUAAGCUGGAGGUGAGGCGGCCCGGACGAAGAGGGCGAGGAGGGGAGGGGAAGGGGAAGCCGCCCCUCGCUGGGGCUGAUUCUGGAAGGGAGAGAGCUGCGUGUCUGUGACUCAGGUGGCCUGUCCGGAGAUUGGGGCCGCGGAGCUUCCUCCUACCCCAUAACCCCAGAUGUGCAAGCAGGGGACAGUUAAUGUGAACUCGGGUUUGCCAAGGCCUAGACCCAGAACCACUGUGGCAGGUUCCAAAACACAUUUUUGUGUGUGUGUGUAUGUGUGUGUGUGUUUUUGGGUCUACAGUCUAGGCCCUGGGUGUGAAUAUUCAACCAAAGGGCAUCUGACCAUGUGCAGAGAACAUCUUUUGGGGAUGGUGAAGAGUUUCCGAGCAUGUGCAGAGAGCCUCUCCCAUCAGCUAACUCCAGCCGCCCCCUUUCUUUCCCCAAGACCUUUGCAUCUUGGAUUGUGACAUACACUUUCUAAUUUAUCAUUGCUAAUAAUGGUUUAUGACUUCAGGUUUGGGUCUCAGGGUCUCCUGUUUGUAGUGUGGGGGGAAGUAUUCUGCCCAUGCUCAGGACUGCCAUUUGUGGGAACCUAACCUCAUUUGAGAGGACUGAAUUCAGGGUACUGGCAAAUAGAUUGUGCUGCCAGGGCCUAGCAAGUCAUGGUGGCUCUAGCUAAGGCCACAGAGAAGGUUUGAGCAGUGGAGCAGACCAAGAGCAGAACUUCUGUGUAAUAUCGAGCUAACCUGAAGUAUCUGAAAGGUGCAGUCCUGAGAGGAGAGGGGAAGGCCCUGUUUACUCCACGUUUGCCAGAUGUCCCUUAAUCAUUUCUAAUGCUACAGAAGACAUAUUUAGUGCCAGCACUGCAUGAAAUACAGAAACAGCAUGCACCCAACAUAGAAAUGUCCUUCGUCUGACCAGGCUGUAGCACUGGGAGCCCCAUCAACAUAUUGCCCCUAUUUGUGGUAAGCUCAGAGUCAGGGAAGCCUGAGGACCUCCAGGCCUCUCUGUCUGGCCCUUGGGACUCUCCUGUGCCACACCCACUGUCCCCAAGCCACAACUCUUUCUGGCCCUGCUUUGCACCCUCAUGAGUGUUAUUGUCUGUCUGGAAUUUUCAUAAAGAAAGAAAUGUGUAUUCUCCAUUUCUAGGGCCUAUGUACUGCCCAGUGUGGCUUACACUUAUUUUAAAAUCACAGUAGCAUAUGAAUGGUGGGGAAACAAUUCGUUAAAAUACAACCAAGUCUUCACCAAUUUGGUGUCCCUCCAAAUGUCCUGGACCACAGCUCCCAUCAUCCCCAGCCAGCAUGGCCAUGCUAGCUAGGGCCAAUGGAAACAUGUCCUUAAACUCUGGUAAUGCCUCUUGCUUGUCUCGAUGGAGUCUAGAGACGGAGGGGUGUGCAGAGAAUCUAACCCACUGUACAAAGGUACAUUUACAUACAUUGUUCCAUCUGCUUUUGCCUCUGACCCCACCCAUCAACAGCAGGCAACGCCCUGCAAGGGAGUGUGACCCUGGCACUGAAAAAAGAUUCCCUAGCCCCUCUAUAGGCCUUCUACUUUUACCUAUUCAAAGGGAGUUGAAAAAGAAUGGGAUGGGGGAGAGAGACCAAGGAUUGCCACCUAAGCAGUACAGAUGAGAGCAGGUUGACUAUCCUGCACAUCAGGGAGUGUGUGGGGCUAACCUGUAACCCUCCAGAGGUGGCUGUGUUCCAGCUUCCAUAAUCCCAGGCCAUUGAUGAUGCUAGCUAGGGCUGAUGGGACUUGGCAACUGGAGAGACACAGGUUCCUCUUCCCUGUUUUAGAUGUUCUUGGGCUGCAGGUUCCACCAGCCCCAGCCAGUGUGGGCAAUUGUCAGGGAUUGUUGGAACUUUAGUCCAACGACAUUUGGAGGUCCACAGGUUCCUCACUUUUUCUGUACAUGAGAGUUGGAGCGCCGUGUGGUCUUUCCCUGGGUAGGCUCCACGUAUAACGCCUUGAUCUUAUCCUGUUAGUAGUUGGACUGUGUCAUUUUUGUUUACACACACACACACACACAAACAAUUUUUGCAAGUAGGAGGAUAAGUUUGGCAGGAAGCAACAUGCUCAUAGUUGCCCAGAUGAUCAGCAGCAGUUGUGCUGUGCUCCAAGGACGAUGCUCUGUCCCACUUGCACUUUCCAUGGUUUCAUAACUUAUUUUGAAGCCUUGAUUCUCAGAGUGAGAAGGCCUCCCUAAACAAGCACAGGCAGUUGUCAGGGGGAGGGAUAAAAUGCCACGGUAGGCCCCUCCUAGCCUAGUUCUGUGGGCAUGCUGAUUGGAUGAGAAGACAACAUGCUAGCCUAUGCACUCUCCAAUUAGUGUGCCCUGAAUGACACUGGCAUCCGACAGUGCUGAGGCUGGCAGAUCUGGGGGAGAAUGGGUGUAAUAUCCCUGUCACCACUCAUCCUUUCUUGAUGCCUUUUUUAUUUUCUGUGGAUUCCUUCCCUUUAGGGCAGGGGUGUGGUUCAAGUAACACUUCAAAAGUUGUCGGACUCCUGGUCCCACCAGGCUUAGCCAGUGCAGCCAAUGAUCAGGGAUGAUGAAACUGUAGGCUGUGUAAAGGUAAAGGUAAAGGGACCCCUGACCAUUAGGUCCAGUCGUGGCCGACUCUGGGGUUGCGGCGCUCAUCUCACUUUAUUGGCCGAGGGAGCCAGCGUACAUCUUCCAGGUCAUGUGGCCAGCAUAACUAAGCCACUUCUGGCGAACCAGAGCAGCACAUGGAAACGCCGUUUACCUUCCCGCCGGAGCGGUACCUAUUUAUCUACUUGCACUUUGACGUCCUUUCGAACUGCUAGAUUGGCAGGAGCUGGGACCGAGCAACGGGAGCUCACCCCGUCGCGGGGAUUUGAACCGCCGACCUUCUGAUCAGCAAGUCCUAGGCUCUGUGGUUUAACCCACAGCGCCACCCGCGUCCCACGUACCAUAGCUGUCAAUUUUUCCCUUUUCUUGCGAGGAAUCCUAUUCGGAAUAAGGUUAUUUCCCUUAAAAAAAGGGAAACGUUGACAGCUAUUCUGUGUACACACUAUAUAUCAUUAAAGCACGUUCAAGCACAUUCUUUCCUUCAACUAAUUCUGGGCACCGUAGUUUGAAAAGAGUAUAGGUUUAUACUGGACCAUUCACGUACCAUUCUAUUUUAUUAUAUUCUCUGUGAAGCUUCCCCAACGUUACUGCAUUCUGUCAUCCAGAGGAGCACCCUUGCUCAAUAGUGCAACAAAAGCAGGACAAAACAAAAACAAAACAGAACACUUGCCCCAAGAGUUCUGCAGGUGUAAACAAUACUGAAGGCAGGAUCAUGUAUAACUUCCCUGAUAUUGCCAUGAGACCAAAUGAUAAUGAAUGCGCAGUAACAAGGAUGUCUGCCUGGGUCCUUGAUCUACCUUCUGUCCUUCCCACUAAGCAUUUAGUUACUUAGUUAACAGAAGCUGCUGGAGCAGUGUACAGAAUAAAACAGAAAACCCAUUUCUAAAAGCAAUAAAAUCGUUUCUAAAACCCUAUCUUACCACUUCUAGAAAGCAACAAAACUGUUUUUGCAAAUAGGCAAUCAGUAUUGUGUAAGUGACUGGGUCAGCCAUCAAGGAAAGCCUAAAAAGAUAUUAAUUAGGUAGCUAAACAACAUGAUGUGAUGCACCUGUGCAAUUCUGGCUGGUAAUUGAUUGCAGAGGGCUGGAGUUACAAUCCUGAAAUCCUAGUUUCUAGGGCAAGCUAAGCACACCCUCAGCAGUGCCUGCCUGAGAAUUGCAGUUGCUGGGCAGGUAUAUAUUGGGUGAGGCGGUCCCUUAGGUAAGCUGGUCCCAAUGCUAAAAGUAGAAACCUUGAAAUGUUCCUUUUCAUUUCAUAAAAUUGAUACACCAGUUGACUGUUUAAAAAAACCCUCAAAGUAGUUUACAAAGAGAAAUGUUCCUGGUAGCAUAUUGGCAGCCAGUGCAGCGCCCUCAGAGGUGUCAUACGGUGUUGAAGAAAUGCCCCAGUCAACAACCUAGUUGCUGCAUUCUAUACCAGCUGUAGUUUCCAAGUUAAGCCCAAGGGACGCCCCACUUAGAGCACAUUGCAAACAACUUUAAUGCAGAUACCUACUAGGCUGUUUUGAGCUUGAUUUAUAUACUGUACUUAAAAACCUCCAAGGAAGGAGAGUCCACCACAGAGGUCAGCAAACAUUUUCCACUACCCCUCAGACCUUGUGGGGGGCCAGACUAUAUUUUGAAGGGGAAAAAAUGAACGAAUUCCUAUGCCCCACAAAUAACCCAGAGAUGCAUUUUAAAUAAAAACACACAUUCUACUAGUGUAAAAGCACCAGGCAGGCCCCACAAAUAACCCAGAGAUGCAUUUUAAAUAAAAGCACACAUUCUACUCAUGUAAAAACAUGCAGAUUCCCAGACCGUUCACGGGCCAGAUUUAGAAGGCCGUUGGGCCGGAUCCGACCCCAGGGCCUUAGUUUGCUGACCCAUGGUUCACCAUCUCUUGCAGAAGUCUGUUCCACUGUUGAAUAGCUCUUAACUGUCAGAAAAUUCUUCCUGAUGUUUAGUCAGAAUCUACUUCAUUGUAACUUGAAUCCAUUGGUUCGGCUCCUAGCCUCCAGAACAGGUAGAGGCAAUUCAAUACUAUAGAGUUUACAGCAGCUGUCCUCGUGCCCUGCUGAUAUUUUUGACUACAACUUCCAUCAGCCCCUGCUGGCCCUAGACUGUGAGGUGGGAUGAGACCAGCCACCCUGGGGAGGGGGACAGCUGUGUAUGCCACCUUGAGCUCGUUGAAGGGAAGGUGGGAUAUAAAUAAAAUAAAUAAAUAUUCACCACAUCAUCAAUUCCGCUUUCAAACUGCUUUUGACACUUAGACAGGGAGAGUGUUCUGUCUUCAGUCUAUAAUUUCUAUGAAAAAAAGCACAAAAUGACCAUUUUCCUGAAAUUCCAUCUAUUAGCCCUAGUAUGGUGCUGUAUUCUCCCCCACCCUCUUUCUAUAUAAAAUGACCUUAAUUCUUUCAUGCCUGGAAAUGACUGCACUAAAUCCUCCAAAUGAGCUUUUCAUGACCUCCAGCAUUAAUGCUUUAGGAAACACAAGGAAACCACUGAGAGAUCCUUUAUGUAUCUAGGAGUGACGGAGCGUUCUGUAGAUUGCUUCUAGUAUGAACUGCUUUGCAUACAUCUAGCACCGACCUUUUUCUUAAAGGCCAACGAAGAACAUAGAAAGCUGCCUUGCCUUGAGUCUGACCCAUGUUCCACCUUCCUGAGUACUGUUGACACUGACUGGCAGCAGUUCUCUAGAGUUUCAGACAGAAACAUUUGGAGAGCUGCUGCCACCAGCCAGUGUCAAUAGUACUCAGCAAGUGUGGGAUGUGAAACACAAGAGCAGUCAAGUACAACAUUCCUAGAGUGAACAUGUUUACACAUGGGGAGGAAUGUUUGUCCAGCCAGCAGGUAAACUUCCUGUUUCCUUCUGGGCUGGGACAGACUUCCUCUGCAUGUGACUAGAGGUGGGCGUGGCCUCACCUGUGCAGGUAACGACAAAAGCACAGGGCAGGGCAGCCAUCUCUCUCUCUCUAUGACUAUUUUCGUCGAAGAAGCAACAUCUGCUUAGCCAAAGAUGCUCUCUUGGCAAGGACAGUCUCCUUAUGAGAUAGUUUCCAGGUGUAUGUUACUUUUCUAAGCUGAGUCUGCCUUCUGGGAUCUGAUUGUGAACAGAAUGUGAGUGAGUAAACUUUUUUAAUACUUUUAUAGAAGACUGUGUCGUGUCUUAUCUUUUAUGAGGGAAUAAGGGGAAAAUACCAGAGCAGUUAUUAUAGAGGCUUUAGCAAGCCUGAGCAAACGCCUCCGCUGUGAGUUUAAAAGGGCGAAUGUUACUCUGCUAAAUUGUGAACUUGUUAACACAAGCUGGAAAGGCUAUAACCAAACAAUAUAUCCUCUCCUGCAUCCCUGAACAGCAAGAUGGAUCAGGAGUUCAGCUCAGUAUAAAGCAGCUUCCUAUGUUCCUUAUGGAUUUCACACAGGGAAUGUUCCCAGCCCUACCUGGAGCAAUUGGUCCAUCUGGCUCAGUAUUUUCUACCCUGACUGGCAGUAUCUUUCCAGGAUUUGGGGCAGCGGUCACUCCAGCCCUGAGACAUUCUGCAUGCAAAGCAGGUGCUCUACCACUAAGCUACAGCUGUUCCCCACUGGGCACCAUCUUCUGCUUCCCCAUAUUUCAAGUUUUUCUCACCUUCCACAAAUAUGUAGGCCACACUGGUCUCUGGCCCAUCAUGAGUUUAUUUCUGUGACAAUAUGUAGUCAUUGAGCUCUCAGUCGUCUCUCAUGCAACUGCACUAGAUGCAACAGCUUCAAUCCUGUAUGCACUCACAGACUUUCUUGGGAGUAAGGCCCAUUGAACCCUGCAGGCUUUUUUUCUAAAGGCACGCAGCAUGGCAAUGUGAGAGAUGGAGCCUGAAUCUAGAAUCCCUUUGUUCAACUCUUGCCUCGGCUAUAAACUCACUUGUGACCUGAGAUAUGAACUCACUCAGUCCCUCUGCAGUAAAAAAAACCCAAACUAAUGCUAAAUAGUUUUUAUAUUGUGUUUCAAUGCUGUAACCUGCCCUGGAACCUUAGGGUGAAGGGUGGGUAAAUAAUAAUAAUAAUAAUAAUAAUAAUAAUAAUAAUAAUAACAAUAAUAAUAAUAAUAUAUUGCAAGUGGCCUGAUGCCCUCCAGAUAUUUUGAUUACAACUCCCAGGCAGCAUGGUCAUGCUAAAAUCGUGUGCCUGAAGCACUUUGGACAAUCAGAAUUAUAUAAAUGCUAUGCAUUUUUUAUCCUUGAAUCUACUUGGAGAUGAGGCACUAAAAAUGUAAUAAGGUUGCUUUAAAAGCUUACUGUGUGGUAGAUGCAUUCAGAAGGUCCCAGGUGUGAUCUCCUGCCUCUCCAGGAAAGGCUGGGACAAAUCACUAUCUGAAACUCUAGAGAGUGACUGCCAGUCAGUGUGGACCACACUGAGCUAGAUUGACCAAUGAGUCUGACUUGGUAUAAAUCAACUUCCUUUGUUCAUCAGGAGGAAUUUGAAGGAAGGAGAGAUGCUAUUGUACAGGUAUUGUAGGGAAUGGUUUUAGGCAGAGGUGAAAGCAAGGGAGGAAUGGCAGUUAAGGAUAAGGAUAUCAGUGACUGCUAGCCAUGGUGGCUAUGCUCUGCCUGCUGGCCUGAUCCAGCAGGCUAUUCUUAUGUUUUUAUGUAAGAGAACAAGGAACUUUGGGUGUUGUCCCAGAUUAUCUGUUUAUUGAGCAUUCAUCUUGAUAAAAGAAUGAAAGACAAUCCUAAUGAUAAUUUUUGUUACUAUAUAUCUUAUAUGGCUGCGUGCGUGUGUGUGUGUGUGUGUGUGUGUGUGUAUGAUUGUAUAUGGAUGUUUUUAGAUGGUCUGUACCUGUAAUGCAUAAUAAAGGUUUGGCGAAAGAAAGAUUCAUCUUGAUUUGUUUUCAGAGAGACUGGACAACGGUGGCUAUUUAAUGAGCAUUCAUUCUGAUUUGUUUGCAGGGAGGUUAGAUGACAUUGCAUCAAAGCAGGUGUUAUUCCAUACUUUUCACAGCGUUGUCCCAAUGCUUUCCUUAGCUCGGAAAGUCUCGUCUUUUGCAAGAAGCAGGUAUGCUGCAAAAGGCCUCCUAAUUAGCCAUAAUUGUGUGACCUGAAUUUGCUGGUAUGUGAUUGAAUCCCACCGACAAUACUGACGCGGUAUAAAGCUGCUCCAUUUUCCCAUUUAAAUUAACCCUUUGUUCCGAACCAUGAGGAAAGAGAUGUUUACUUUUAGGAGAAGGGUCAAAGCACAGUGGUGGGGCAACUGCUUUGCAUGCAGAAUAUCCCAGGUUCAAUUGUUGGCGUCUGCAGGUAGGGCUGGGAACACCCCCUGCCUGAAAUCCAUGAGAAGCAUAGAAAGCUGCAUUACACUGGGCUGAACCCUUGAUCUAUCUACCACAGAACUGUUUUUUUUUUUUUAAUGUAUUUUUAUUAAAUAAAUGAUUUACAAAAGUAUGUGCAAUGUUUCUCUUAUUUCCCCCCCCCCCCAUGUAACAUUUUUUACAAAUCGGUUUCAUUUGUUGAGACAUUAGGAAGCAAAGGGGGAAAGAGGUGGAGGGGGGGGAAGAUGGUGGGGGUGGGGUCGGGUGGCGAUGUUUCUAUUUUACUUAAUAUAUGUGGGGUUUGGUAUCAGCGGUGCUUGUGCAGGUUCUCUGCUGUUCACUUGUGUUCCUUUGGUGGUGAGAGAGGUUGGGGUUAGCCUAGGGCAGGGGUAGGCAAACCAAGGCCCGGGGGCCGGAUCCGGCCCAAUCGCCUUCUAAAUCUGGCCCGCGGAUGGUCCAGGAAUCAGCGUGUUUUUACAUGAGUAGAAUGUGUGCUUUUAUUUAAAAUGCAUCUCUGGGUUAUUUGUGGGGCCUGCCUGGUGUUUUUACAUGAGUAGAAUGUGUGCUUUUAUUUAAAAUGCAUCUCUGGGUUAUUUGUGGGGCCUGCCUGGUGUUUUUACAUGAGCAGAACGUGUACUUUUAUUUAAAAUGCAUCUCUGGGUUAUUUGUGGGGAAUAGAAAUUCGUUCUUUUUUUUCUUCACAAUAUAGUCCGGCCCCCCACAAGGUCUGAAGAACAGUGGACCGGCUCCCUGCUGAAAAAGUUUGCUGACCCCCCUGGCCUAGGGUGUGGUUGUUCAUUUGUACCACAGAACUGUUGACACUGACUGGCCGCAGCUCUCCAAAGGCUUAGACAGGAUUCCGUCUGAAACUCUGAGAGCUGCUGCCAGUCAGUGUCAACAGCAUUCAGCAAGAUGGAUCUUUUUGUGGGGAUAUUCAGCAAAUUGUCAUUGAUGCAAUAAUAGUGGAUUAGUGGUAGAUUUACACUACAGUUUCUGCACAUAAUUCCUCUUUAUUAAUUUUUCUGUGAUGCUGUGUGCUAUAAUGCAGCAAAGUAGGACACACACACCAGGACAUUAGUGGUAUAAAAACUUACAGGAUAUCACACUGGUGGCUGACGCCCAUGGGACCAGUAGGGUGGAAUUGAGCACCAUGCUAUUACAAUAAUGAUGUCAGCACAAGCAUGUCAUUCCUGAUAGAAUUAUGUCUCCUCAUCUCCCUCUGCACUCCUCAAAUCCCCUUGGUGACUGGGAGCAGCCGCCGAGACCACAUAACACCGGUCUUGAAAGACCUACAUUGGCUCCCAGUACGUUUCCCAGCACAAUUCAAAGUGUUGGUGCUGACCUUUAAAGCCCUAAACGGCCUCAGCCCAGUAUAUCUGAAGCAGCGCCUCCACCCCCAUUGUUCUACCUGGACACUGAGGCCCAGCGCCAAGGGCCUUCUGGCGGUUCCCUCACUGCGAGAAGCCAAGUUACAGGGAAUCAGGCAGAGGGCCUUCUCGGUAGUGGCACCCACCCUGUGGAACGCCCUCCCACCAGAUGUCAAAGAGAACAACAACUACCAGACUUUUAGAAGACAUCUGAAGGCAGCCCUGUUUAGAGAAGCUUUUAAUGUUUGAUGUAUUACGGUAUUUUAAUAUUUUGUUGGAAGCCACCCAGAGUGGCUGGGGAAGCCCAGCCAGAUGGGCAGGGUAUAAAUAAUAAAUUGUUAUUAUUAUUAUUAUUAGUAGUAUUAUUAUUAAUUCCCUGGAGCCAAUUUGGGGGAGCACAGGGGAGAAGAAGUUAUAAAGCUCUGUUGUGCUAGUGGGUAUCCUUGCACAGACUUCCACAAGUAUAAUAUUUAGCCGAAUCCGGCCUGUAAUUCUAGAUUUGUCCCCAUUUUUCUCAUUGUUGAGUCCUACAAAGGCAACACUAAGACUAAAGAGAAGGACGCUGACAGGCAGUGCCACUCCGUGGGCUGAAUGUGAGUAGGAAGGCAGGGAGAUGGGGGCUGGUUGAGGGCAGACUAAGUUUGGUGGGGCAGUACCCCAUUUGCCAAAAUGAAUCAGUCUGCUAGACCAUCUAAUUCGGCAUAUUCUGUCAGCUUUUGGAUCCGUGGUCUAUCAGAAAAAAUAAAGAAUAAAUCAAAACAGGAAUUUUUUUCAAAAUGGGAGGUUUUCAAAGAGUAUCUGAAAAAUAAAUAUAGUAGUUUAAAUUCUGUUGCAGCACUUAAGGAACUUCAGCAAUAGUCGCAAGGUAGGUAUAAGAAAUUAGAUAUAUUAAGAAAAAGUUUAAUUAUGAUAAAAGUGUGUAUUGGCAAUAAGUAAUUUGAAAUUGAAAUAUGGAAUAGACGGGAGGUUGGGUCUUUAGUGUUAAGACCAAUAUAUGUUUUAUUGUUUGCUAAGAAAAUCAUGUGUCUAUGGUUAUUCAUGUGUGUAAUUUGGUAUUUGUGUUUUUUUCUUUUUUCUUGCUGUAUCAAUAAAAAUCUUUUAAAAAUAAAAUAAAAAAAUGAAUCAGUCUGCACUGGGUUUAUCAGAGGGAAUUUAUCGGACAUGCACUGAUUGGAAAUGAAGCUGUAUGUCUGCCCCAAAACCUUUGCAGGCCCAAAGAGUAUUAAAAAGCAGGAUCCCACCUCACUGCCACAAAACCACAAUGAGUACAAAUAAUCAUGAAUGCACAAUAACAAAAAUAAUAACUUUAGGUGCAAACCAAAGUUCUGGAAUGCAGUUGAAUUGCUGCUGGAAGAUGCUUACAAUCUCAAGAUGCCUCGAAGAGGAUUCAGAUAACUACCGUAUUUUUUGCUCUAUAAGACUCACUUUUUCCCUCCUAAAAAGUAAGGGGAAAUGUGUGUGCAUCUUAUGGAGCGAAUGCACGCUGUGCAGCUAUCCCAGAAGCCAGAACAGCAAGAGGUAUUGCUGCUUUCACUGCGCAGCGAUCCCUCUUGCUGUUCUGGCUUCUGAGAUUCAGAAUAUUUUUUUUCUUGUUUUCCUCCUCCAAAAACUAGGUGCGUCUUGUGGUCUGGUGUGUCUUAUAGAGAGAAAAAUACGGUAGUUUUUCUGGCUUCCUUACGUGGGACUGAGAAAGGGCACCAUCUAGUACUUGACCCCCAGAGAAGCAAAAUGUCUUUGGACAGCCCUGGCUGGAAUUGAUGUGACUUAAGUCGUGCAUUUUUAAAUUUAAAAAACGUGCAUGGCAGCAGGAAAGCGCGAAGGGUUGGAACAGUGACAUUUUGACCCUUUCCCCCUCCCUCUCCCCUGUUACAUAGCACUUGGAACAAGAGAAGCAUGAACUAAGGCGACGGUUUGAGAACAAAGAAGGAGAGUGGGAAGGACGAGUGUCGGAGCUGGAAAGCGAUGUGAAGCAACUCCAGGAUGAGCUGGAGAAGCAACAGGUUCACCUCCGAGAAGCUGACCGAGAGAAAACGAGGGCAGUCCAGGAACUCUCUGAACAGAACCAAAGACUCUUAGAUCAGCUCAGCAGGGUGAGUGAGACUCAUGCGGUUGUCAGAACUGCUCAAACAGCUUGGUAUUUCUUUUGAAGCCUAUGCUCCUUCACCUGACGUUGCUUCUCUUUCUCUUUGGUUCUGAUGUGUGUAAGUGGAGUUUAGUGAUUUGGAGCUGUUUUCAGCGUGGGGGCCCACAUUACUUUGCAAGCAGGAUUUUGGGGACCACACGGUGGUGGGUGGGACUAGAGGGGAAAGUGGACAGGGCAACAGAUGUUACUCUUUGUAGGCAAGGCUGCAUUCCAGCCACACAAAAAUCAGAGUGAUGUAGGACAGAGCAAAGUAUAAAUUGAUGCAUGUUGAGACAAAAAAAAUCUUAAUUUCAUAAAUACAUUAAUGGGGUCUGAUUCAUGUGACGCACCAGGAAAAAGGCCUUGGCUGGGAUUAUAGUAGAUAGCUCAAUUAAGAUGUGUGCAGCAGCUGCGAAAAGGGCAAAUUCCAUGCUAAUGAUCAUUAGGAAAGGAAGAUAAAAUUGCUGAUAUCAUCCCUGUUAAAAGUGCUGUUAUACACAACUGUUGUGUACAGUUCUGAUCACAUCACCUCACAAAGGAUAUUGUAGAUACAGGUAGGUAGCCAUGUUGGUCUGCCAUAGUCAAAACAAAACAAAAAAUUCUUCCAGUAGCACCUUAGAGACCAACUAAGUUUGUUAUUGGUAUGAGCUUUCGUGUGCAUGCCCACUUCUUCAGAUACACUGAAACAGAAGUCACCAGACCCUUAUAUAUAGUGAGAGGGUGGGGAGGGGUAUUACUCAGAAGGGUGGUGGGAAUGGGCGAUUGGCUGAUCAGCAAAUCUGAACAAUCAGUACAGUGGUACCUCGCGUUAAGUACUUAAUUCGUUCUGGAGGUCCGUUCUUAACCUGAAACUGUUCUUAACCUGAAGCACCACUUUAGCUAAUGGGGCCUCCUGCUGCCGCUGCGCCACCAGAGCACGAUUUCUGUUCUCAUCCUGAAGCAAAGUUCUUAACCCGAGGUACUAUUUCUGGGUUAGCGGAGUCUGUAACCUGAAAUGUAUGUAACCUGAAGCGUAUGUAACCCGAGGUACCACUGUAUCUGAAGAAGUGUGCAUGCACACGAAAACUCAUACUAAUAACAAACUUCAUUGGUCCCUAAGGUGCUACUAGAAGGAAGUUUUUUUUAUUAGGAUAUUGCAGAGUUGGAAAAGAUUAAGAAAAGGGUUUAGAGAAAAGAUGAGUGAAAAGUGAGAUGCUAGAAGUUUAUAAAAUUUUGAAUGUCAUGGAAAAAGUGGAUAGAGAAAAGGUUUUCUCCAUCUCUCUGAACAGUAGAACUCGUGGACAUCCAAUAAUGCUCAGUGUUGGAAGUUUAAAAAAGGACUUUGCACAUAACAUAAACUGCAGAACUCGCUCCCAAAGGAGGCUUUGAUGGCCACCAACUUGGAUGGCUUUAAAAGAGGGUUAGACAAAUUCAUGGAGUAUAAGGUUGUCAACAGUUGCUAGCCAUCAUGGCUAUGCUCUGCCUCCACAAUCAAAAUACCAGAGGAGGCUAGAAUGCUGUGGAGCUUGAGUCCUGAUUGCGAAUUUCCUUUCAGGCAUCAGCUUGGCCAGGAUGCUGGCCUAGAUGGGCCAUUGGCCUGAUCCAGCAGGCUCUUCUUCCAUGCAGAGGGUUGCGUCCAAUGUUAAUCCUACUCUGAGUAGGCCAUUAAGAUGAAUGUAGUCAAUGAAUUAGUCAUGUCUGAUCAUUUCAGUGGGACUACUCUGAGUAGGACUCACAUUGACUACAACCUAGAGCAGCCUUUCUCAACCUUGGGUCCCCAGAUGUUUGUUGAACUACAACUCCCAUCAUCCCUAGCUAGCAAGACCAGAGCUCAGGGAUGAUGGGAGUUGUGGUCCAACAUCUGGGGACCCACAGGUUGAGGAACACUGACCUAGAGGUUCCUGCAUACACACUUCUCCAUCCCAGGCGAGCAAGAGGAAUUUUCUCAGUUCAAGGUGAAAGUCCUCAGGGAGAGCAUGGUGCAAGCCUGGGGAUGGGUGCUGGAAGAAACUAGCCUGCUGUAUAAAGGUAAAAUUUGCAUUUUUUGCUCUGCCCAUGUUUGCCUCUGGUCCCCGCUCUCCACAGCACGGGGCUCCUGGAAGGCUGCCCAGGCAGGUAUGCAGCCCUCAGGCUGAAAAAGGUUUCACACCCUGCUCUAAAAGGAUUUGAGCAUAUCUUUUCCUUUUCAAAAAGGCUGUGGCUUGGGGCAAAAUUAGGCUUUAUUUCACCCUGGUCAAAGACCCAGUUUGGCGCGCACACACACACACCCUACUGCAUACACACACUUGCAUACACACACACACAGAGGCUGGGAGCCUCAAUAGCACCCCUCUGGAGGCUUCACCUGGGGCAAAAAACCUGGCUAUCUCCCCACCUGCACCCCGUAGCUACGGCUCUGUCAAAGACCUAAAUGUCUUGGGACCCAAAUACCUGAAGAAAACCUCAUCCUUUCCCAACCUUCCUAUGUCAAUUUCACUUUUUCUCUGUUUCUCAUUUUUCCAGUCUUACGUGCAACUUUCCACUUUUGGCAUCAGUUCACGAUUUUUUAUUAUUUAAAAUAAAAAAAAUUAAAAAUAUUCAUCAGUAUUUCUGUCAAAUUUCUAGCAUUCACAUGUUUGUGUGCAGUUUUGCCUAACGUACAUUUUUGCAAGUGAAAAUUCGCCAGUAUUUUAGUGCAAGUUUUCCCCAACUGACACGUUUUUGUACGUCAUUUCCCCUGUUAUAUCCACCGUUCUGCAAGCUGGUUUUUGCAUAUUAUUUCCACAUAUAAUAUAUGCAUUUUAGGCAUUCUUCCCCCCUAAUAGUUGCAUUUGGGGUCAUGCUAUUUUGUUGGAGAGCUGAAUCACAAUUUUUGAAGAAGGGCAAAUAUCAAAGGUUAGCUGUGUUUCAGAAGCUGCUCAUUAGGUAGGUUCACAUUAAAAGCCUACCAAAUUUAUCCUCCAUUCCUAAUUGCAGCCCUUCUCUGUGUGCAUUUAUACUUUUGCUAUGUCUGUUUUGCAAAUGAACAAUGAGACCUGAGAAGGAUCUCAUUAUUCAGCAAUGUGUUCUUGAAGUUAACACAUACUGGAAAGGUUGCCUGAAAAUGUCUUCUUGGAAAGGAUUGCGGCUCAGUGGUGGAACAUCUGUUUUGUAUUCAUAAGGUUGCAGGUUCAACCCCUAACAUCAGGCAGGGCUGGGAGAGAGACCCCCUAUCUGAAGCCCUGAAGAGCUACUGCCAGUCAAUGUAGACCAGGAGUAGUCAACCUUUUUAUACCUACUGCCCACUAAUGCAUCUUUCUUGAUGGUAAAAUUUCCUUACUGCCCACCAGUGCUUGAUGGAAGAAGGAUUCAGCUUGUGCCGUAGAACCCCCUACUGCCCACCUAGAAUCCUGAAACACCCGCUAGUGGGCAGUAGGGACCAGGUUGACAACCCCUGGUGUAGACCAUGGGUAGGCAAACUAAGGCCCGGGGGCCGGAUUUGGCCCAAUCGCCUUCUAAAUCCGGCCCACGGACAGUCUGGGAAUUGGCACGUUUUUACAUGAGUAGAAUUUGUCCUUUUAUUUAAAAUGCAUCUUUGGUUAUUUGUGGGGCAUAGGAGUUGGUUCUUUUUCCCCCUUCAAAAUAUUGUCCGGCCCCCCCACAAGGUCUGAGGGACAGACCUUGCUGAAAAAGUUUGCUGACCUCUGACAAUACUGAGCUAGAUGGACCAAUGUUCUGACUCAGUAUAGUGAAGAACCAUGUACAGCAGGCAUGUACAACCAGUAGGUUGUGAUCUACCAGUAGAUCCCCGGCUGAUCCUGGUAGAUCGCGGGACCCUUAUCGAUCGUGGGAUUAAAUAAAAUUUACCUAAAGUUAACAAAUAAAAGCUGAAGAAUUCUGGCCAAUCCGCCACAAAAAAAGCUGAAGAGCUCUGGGCAAUCCUCCACAAAAAAAGCUGAAAAACUCUGGCCAAUCCUCCACAAAUAAAAGCUGAAGAACUCUGGCCAAUCCUCUACAUAAAAAGCUGAAGAACUCUGGGCAAUCCACCCACCUCAUGCAUGCUCCUCCUCCAUCCAAUGACAAUGGAUAGAUCACUGCCAGUUUUUUUUAUACAGAGAGUAGAUCACAGUCUCUGUGGAGUUGGACGUGCCUGAUGUACAGCAUCUGUUUUACAUGUACAGUGGUACCUCGGGUUACAUACGCUUCAGGUUACAUACUCUUCAGGUUACAGACUCCGCUAACCCAGAAAUAGUGCUUCAGGUUAAGAACUUUGCUUCAGGAUGAGAACAGAAAUCGUGCUCUGUCGGUGCGGCAGCAGCAGGAGGCCCCAUUAGCUAAAGUGGUGCUUCAGGUUAAGAACAGUUUCAGGUUAAGAACGGACCUCCAGAACGAAUUAAGUACUUAACCUGAGGUACCACUGUAGACGGUUCCACAUUCAAUUCCCAACAUCUCCACGUAUUGCUGGGGUAGACUCCUUAUCUUAAACCUUGGAGAGCUGCUGCCAGACAGUGUAGACAAUAUUGAGCUAAAUGGACCACUGAUGUGACUCGGUAUAAGGCAGUUUCCUAUGUUUGGCUCUUCUUGCUGCUUCCUUCAGCUCCCUUAUCCCUCCUGUCCCCAGAAGCCGGGGAUGACGUGUGCAUUUCCCCUCAUCAUUCUUGUACCAGAACAGUCAGCGCUGCGGAUUGCACAGCAAUGUGCCUCGCCCCUCCUUUGCCUCAGGACGAUCAAUCUCAGCCUGGAUGGCUUAUUUGCAAUUUCCAGAGCGGCUCAGGAGCUCUUGUCGCUGGUUGCUAGGCGACUGUAUAUCACAGUGUCCCAGUCGGCUGGUGUUGCCACGGAAACAAGGAUGGUAGUUCCUGGAUUUUUUCCCCUGCAAUUCUGUUACCGUGAGGCUGCAGAUACCGUGGGAGACACGGCAGUGACGUCUGCAAGUGGCCACUGGGGGCUCAACGAAUGUCCUUUUAAAAAGAAAUAGCUGUUGAGCAGUAGGGAUGUUACAGGGAACGGUCCUUUCUUACCCUAUAUUUUUAUUAUUUUGGAACAAAACAAAAAAGCAAAUUCAACUGUUUGAGCAUAUAUCAUUUUGUGAUGUUUUUCAGAAGCGAGGUGUCCAUAUAGUCACAGGGUCACCUGUUUUUGUUGGAGGGAGCUAUUCUGCAACAAGUCAUUGAAGCAAUAAUAGUGCAUUAAUGGCAGGCUUAUCCUGGAUUGUCUACACAUCACUCUGCUUUAUUAGAUGAUCUAUUAUUAUUUAUUUAAAGUAUUUAUAUCCCACCUGUCUCAAAACCUGGGAUUCAAGGUAGCUUCCAAUAUUUAAAAAACAUCAUAAUAAAAUACAGAUUCAUAAAACAAUCCCACAACCAGACCCUGAGCACAACAGCCCUCUCCCACAUUGUGAUUCCCAGCAACUGCCUCUGAGAGUGGAGAGAGAGGCAGAAAGAAGCCAUCAUGGCUAGAAGCCAUUGAUAUCCUCCAUGAAUUUGUCUAAUCUUUUAAAGCCAGCCCAGUUGUUGGCCAUCACUAUCUCAUGAGGGAGUGAACUGCACUACCUCAUGAGGGAGUGUGCUGUGGGAAGAAGUACCGUAUUUUUGCUCUAUAAGACUCACGUUUUCCCUCCUAAAAAGUAAGGGGAAAUGUGUGUGCGUCUUAUGGAGCGAAUGCAGGCUGCGCAGCUAUCACAGAAGCCAGAACAGCAAGACGGAUUGCUGCUUUCACUGUGCUUUCACUCUUGCUGUUCUGGCUUCUGAGAUUCAGAAUAUUUUUUUUUCUUGUUUUCCUCCUCCAAAAACUAGGUGCGUCUUGUGGUCUGGUGCGUCCUAUAGAGCGAAAAAUACGGUACUUUCUGUUGUCCGUCUUGUAUCUCCUAACAUUCAGCUUCAUCAGAUAACUAAUGAGUUCUAGCAUUUUCUCCACAAUGCAUAAUUUUAUGCACACAUUCCACCAUUGCUCACCUUUUCUUUUAGGCAACUUUACACGAACAUACAGAUGAUUGGCUAUUUAAAUAAUUUCCCAUUAUCAAGCACAGGAAUGAUACCUUAGAUGAAAUGCACAAUUUGGGAGGUACUGGCAGGUUUGGAGGUGGUCCAGAUGUUUGCAUAAGUAUAAAACAUGCAACAGCCUUUCAUUACAGGACCCAGUUGUGAUUCUUGAAUGUGGCUGCCCUUCUUAGGGUCUACCUCAUUGAUAACAUUACUUUAAAAAAACCCCCACUACAACUGUGAUCCUUAGCGUGCCCUUUAGAUAAAAAUAAACAUUGAAACCAUUCUCUCCAUGGAUUCUCUGGCAGCCAUGAAACAACAGGGCUGCUUCUGAAAGCCUUCUUGUAAACUCAAUACCUGGUGUUUUUGGUUUGAGUAUACAGUCAUACCUUAGAUUACAGACGCUGCGGGUUGCAUUUCUUUGGGUUAUGUACCACCGAAACCCGGAAGUACCGGAAUGGGUUACUUCAGGGUUUCGGUGGUCGCACAUGCGCAGAAGUGCUAAAUCACGCUUUGCACAUGCACAGAAGCACCAAAUCACAACCCGCAUGUGCGCAGACGUGCCGCUGCAGGUUGCGGAUGCUGUGGGUUGCGAAUGUGCAUCCUGCACGGAUCACGUUUGCAACCCGAGCGUCCACUGUAUAUUCCACUAUCUUCCACAUGCUUGGCAAUCCACAAAAGGCUGUUCAACGAACAGCUUAUGCUGCAAGUAAUCCUGUUUUAAAAUAGCUUUAGCACACAGUUGGGGGUUAUUAUGGAAAAGUGAGGCUAUGUCCCCCAGUGGAAUUGGUUCAAUUGUUUUGCUUUUCAUUCACAAGCAACAAGGUGGUUGGCCUGGCUUGUGGCCUGGAUGCCAUGAGUGGCACACUGUGUAGCCAUGGAGGUUGGUCCACUGGGAAUAAUAAUAAUUAUUAUCAUUAUUAUUAUUUAUACCCCACCCUCCCCAGCCAAGGCUGGGCUCAGGGCGGCUAACAAGCAAUAAUAAAAACAGGUUGAAUGAAUACAAUUUAAAAACAAGAUUAAAAUACAACAUUAAAAUAUUGAAACAUUAAAAUAUUAAAAUGCAGCCUCAUCACAGGAGGAGAAAGGAAAAAGAAAGGGGGGGGAAUCAAAUUGACUCCAAGCCAAAGGCCAGGCGGAACAACUCUGUCUUACAGGCUCUGCAGAAAGAAAUCAGAUCCUGCAGGGCCCUGGUCUCAUGAGGCAGAGCGUUCCACCGGACCGGAGCCAGAGUUGAAAAGGCCCUGGCUCUGGUUGAAGCUAAUGUAACUUCCAUAGGGCCCGGGACCUCUAGGGUGUUGCUAUUUAUGGACCUUAAGGUCCUCCGUGGGGCAUACCAGGAGAGGAGGUCCCGUAGGUACGAGGGUCCUAGGUCGUGAAGGGCUUUAAAGGUCAAAAGCAGCACCUUAAAUCUGACCCUGUACUCCACCGGGAGCCAGUGCUGCUGGAAAAGCACUGGGUGAAUAUGCUCCCAUGGCAAAGACCCCGUGAGGAGCCUCGCUGCAGCAUUCUGCACCCGCUGGAGUUUCAGAGACAGCUUCUAGGGCAGCCCCGCGUAGAGCGAAUAACAGUAGUCAAGCCUGGAGGUGACCGUCACAUGGAUCACUGUGGCCAGGUUGGGGUGGGAAAGGCACUGCCUCACCAACCUCAGUCUACCUACAGUCAGCUCCCACUUGCCUACCUUUUUGCUUACAAUCAGGCCAGGGUUUAGCCUUGGCCAUCAACUUCCUUUUCCAUAGUCUCUGCAUUUCCUCUAUGGAACUCAGCAGAGUGGAAACAAGAAUGCAUUGGCUCUGUCUGUCAUUGUCUCUGGUCCCACCUACUGCCAGCAUUCCAACCUUCCAUUCUACCAGUCCCACUGGGCACCACCCAUUAUGUGGGGGGAACUACUUUGAACACUUUAUGGGGGCCUCCAGCAUUAUCACUCAUGGGUCUGGCUGUGGCAGAGGCCGAUAUCACACAAGAGUUGCUCAAUGCUGCUGUGCGGGUGUUGCGGUGCAACUGCAAAGCCUACAUUGGCUUGAAUGGGUUAUCACAGUGACUUCUGCUUUCCUAACAAUCCCAGAAGUGGCAAAUUAAAAUAUUGCCUGAGAAGCUGAAGUGUACUGUUCCUGUCUUGUGGGGAAAUUGCAUUUAUUUAUUUAUCAUCUCACUUUCCCGAUAAAAUGUUCCACGGCAGCUCACCCCGCACUCUUAAAUUGCAACAAAAAGCAAAUCAAUAAUCAGCUGUGAUAGUUUUAAAAGGAAGAUGGACAAUCGAUGGCUUAAACCCAAGGUUUCACACGCCAAUAGAAUUAAAAUUAAGAGGUCAGGAUGCUUCGUAAAUACCUGUCUAAACGAAAAGCUUCAGCAAGUAGCAGAAGGCUGCCGGGGAGUGAGGCAGAUCUAGAAAUCCAACUUUCCUCUGUUUGAAAGGCCACCUGGUCCCAAGUUGUUGUUUUUUAAGAUGAGGAAUCCUAAGAAGGGAGAACAGGAAGUGGUCUUGGAGCUGCUCAUAAGUACCUUGCAUUCAGACAUUCGAAUUUUGGUAGAAUGCAUAGAACAGCCUUCACAGAAUAUCAUAAUGCAGAAUGAAAGGCAGACCUGUUCCGCCUGGCCUUUGGGCUGGACUCAGUCUGACCCCCCUCUCAUUUUUUAUUUACUUUUUGAUGGAACCCUUUAUAUGGGAUUUUGUAUAUAAGUUUUCCCUCGGCUCUUUUUGCUGGCCCAUGUAGGACCAGCAUGGAUAGUUGGCCCUGGUGAAUAUUUGAGGUUUUCUCCCCUUAUGAUUUUGAUUUAUGGACUACCACUAAAACAAGGCUGCAUUUCAAGCUGUAUUUUAAACUGUAUUUUAACCUAUAUUUUAAUCAACUGUUUGUUUGUUUGUUUGUUUGUUUGAAAUGCUUUUACUGUGUUUUAUAUUUGGUGUUAGCCACCCUUAGCCCGGUCAUGGCCGGGGAGGGUGGGGUAUAAAUAAAAAUUUAUUAUUAUUAUUAUUAUGUUAUAGUAUAUGUCCCAUUUUUCAUAGGAACAGCAGAAGCUACCCUAUACCAAGUCAGACUCUUGGUCCAUCUAGCUCAGGAUUUUCUACACAUUGGCAGGGGCUCUCCAAGGUUUCAGACAGGGGACAUCCCCAACCCUACUUGGAGAGGCUGGGGACUGAAUUUUCUGCAUGCAGAGGAGAUGUUCUACCAUUGAACUAUGGCCUUUCCUAUAAAGGUUUAUAUAGCAAAAGGUCGAUAUCUCAGUCCCAGGCUGUAUGGGCAUUAAAAAUCAGAGUGGUGACUCCCCUGAAGACUUCAGUGAUCAGGCCAGGAUAUAAGGAAUCAGGCUGCCCUUGAGGUAUCCCGGAACCAAGUUGUUAAUGGCCUUGUAAAUUUCAUACACACAUACAUAAUUUUAUUUGUAUGCUACCUUUCCAUAGUUAAAAUCAUGCUCAAGGGGGCUUACAACAUGAAAAAAAUGCAUAAUUACCAACAUAACAAAAUGGCCGUAAAUAAUAUAUAAGACAUCAAAAAGUUAAUAAUAAUAAUGUAUUAUUAUUAUUAUUAAUAAUAAUAAUAACUUAUACCCCGCCCAUCUGGCUGGGUUUCCCCAGCCACUCUGGGCUGUUCCAACAAAAGAUUAAAAAUACAUUAAAACAUCAGUCAUUAAAAACUUCCCUAAACACAACCUAAUUAAACAAUUAACACAUAAAUCAUAACAAGAUCUAAAAUGAAGUUGCAAAAAAAUAAUCAAAAACAGCAGCAACCCUGCCUGCAACUAAACCCUUAAACAACACCCCAAUCCAAUAGUUUAUUCAGCAGCUUCAGCUUUUGUAGCUGGAGUCAGUCCGGGCCCCGCCCUCCAAAGCCAGGUGGGAAAAGGCCUGUAAGAGAAGGAGCAGGUCUUCCAGGGCUCACAGCCAAGAUGGUAAAAGAAUCUUGAUACCUGACCCAGUAGUGUAUAUCCUAUAUCUAUAUCCUAUAUCCUAUAUCCUAUAUCCUAUAUCUAUAUAUGUAUAUCCCAUCUAAAUGGGAACAGAGAUUCUUCUUUAAGGUGUCAGAGGACAGAUGGUAGAUGGCUUAGACGUAGCCCUGUAUCAGGACCAUAAUCUUAUUAACUCUGAGUCUCCACAGAGCUGUACACUCGCACUGGCAUCUACACAAGAAGCAAACAGAUGGUCACUUAGCUCAUCAUCAUGACACAUGGCACUCUCUCUCUCCCACCUGCCUGCAGUACAGCAAACAAAGCCACUGAGGUCACUUGUGCAUAAGCCACUUUCCUGGGGUCAGAGGGAAGCUCUUUUCCAGUCCCCACGCCUUGCCCUCCUUAGUAGCCCAGCGCACAUCCUCAGUUCUUGCUGCAAUGCAUUUUUGUUGCCAGCAGGGGGAGCACUGCAUGCACACCGAUUUAAGAAGCACAGGUCACACUCCACACCAUAUAUUUAAGCACUCUUCAUCAGUUGUAAAGGUAAAGGAGCGACUCUGGGGUUGCGGUGCUCAUAUUGCUUUACUGGCCGAGGGAGCCAGCGUACAGCUUCCGGGUCAUGUGGCCAGCAUGACUAAGCCGCUUCUGGCAAACCAGAGCAGCGCACGCAAACGCCGUUUACCUUCCCGCCAGAGUGGUACCUAUUGAUCUACUUGCACUUUGACAUGCUUUCGAAUUGCUAGGUUGGCAGGAGCAGGGACCGAUUAACGGGAGCUCACCCUGUCACGGGGAUUCGAACCGCUGACCUUCUGAUCGGCAAGUCCUAGGCUCUGUGGUUUAACCCACCCACGUCCCUAGCUGAAAUGUUACCUUAGCUAUAAACACACUGGGUAGCCUUCUGCAGCCAUGAGGCUGGUUCCAUGUUUGAUGCCUUUUCUUUAAAAUAUAUAGCAGGCCACUCUUUAUCAAUGGAUUGUUUCAAAUGCUCAGGCUUCCUCCUUCAUUCAGCACAUCUCAUUUUUAGUUGCUGGGAGAUGGGUGCCUCUGGCGCUAAACGAGGUCUAUUUUUACUUUUUGCAAAACAGAAUGGUAAUGAUUUCCUUUGGGAACAUCCUAGGGCAAUUUGUGAAUAACUGGGACCAAUUCCCGGUCUCACUUUUCGUUUCCUUUUUAAAAAGCAACAUCAACCCUGCAGGAAAGUGGCUAUCCCCGAAGCUUUAUUCCUGUGAACCUCCAAUAUUGGGGGACUUCAUUGCUUCUGUACUCUGAGGUGGAAGACAUUUCUCCACAUGGGUUUAUCAAGUGCGAUUGGUUGUUUAAGUGUCUAAUGAAGAUGUGAGGAAGCUUUAGCCCUCCAAAUGUUGCUGAACUACAACUCCCAUCGUCCCUGGCCAUUGACCACACUUGCUGGUGCUGAUGGGAAUUGUAGUCCAGCAAUACCUUGAGGGUCAGAGGUUCCCCACACCUUGUCUAAUGCACAAUUAGAGUUAGACAGACCCAAUGUCAAACUGAAAUUAGGAUGCAACUCUGUCCUUUAGAUCAGUCAGCCAAGGGAACUUAGAAUUUGGAAGACACUUCCAUUACAGUAGGAAUGGGAACCUAUGGCACUACAACUCCCAUCUUCUCUAUCCUAUGCUUGCUGGAGCUGAGGGCAUUUGGAGAGCUACAGGUUCUCCACCUGCUCCAUCACAAGUUAUGCUGUUCUCUUUUGUCCUCUAGUUGUAUUGUUAGGUGACUUACCCCAACGACAUGUACCUGCUUAGAGUACAGAUCUGAAAGUUCACCUGUUUACAGCUAUAAGAUUUUUGAUCAUUGCCCAAUGGAAGAGCAUUAAUUCUCCAUCUAUAGCAGCACAUAUCGAUAAGGUGUAGUAAGUUCUAGCAUCUGACUGAGUUACUUAUUUAAGCGCAUCAUGAAUCCCAGUUGUAUUUUUGGAAAUGCUAACCUGGUGGAACGUGGGAUUUGUCACUGUCUUACAUGAAGCUGCCCAGGCAUGAUGACAGAGCCAUUCUGCCAGCAGAGAGACACCAAUGUUCAGUGGGAAGACAAGGCAGAGUUCUACAUUAAAACUGUUGGUGCCUUCGAUUAUUGAUUGAUUGAUUGCCCAGCCCUUCCAUCUUUUGCAGGCAUCGGAGGUGGAAAAACAGCUCUCUAUGCAGGUUCAUGUCCUCCAAGAGGACUUCAGGGAGAAGAAGUCAUCGACCAGCCAGCACAUCGUACGACUCGAGAGCCUUCAAGCAGAGGUGAGUUCCUCCCAUAGCUGGAAUGGUCUAUGGCAGUGGUAGAGAAGCUGGAGGGGAAGGCCCAUGGCAAAAUGGUAGAGGGUCCAAGGUUCAGUUCCCAAUGGCAUCUCCAGAUAGGGCUGGGAAGAGCCGCUAGAGAGCCACUGCCAGUCAGUGUGGACAGUACUGAGCUAGAUGGAUCCACUGGUCUUAUUCAGUAUAAGGCAGCUUCCUAUGCUCCUGUGAUGGUCCAAAGGCUGCAGACAAACACACACGGCCUACCCUGACACUGCAGGCCCAUACUUCCUCUACCCCUUUAAGAAUUGGACUAUAAAAAAGGUAAAGGGGCCCCUGACCAUUAGGUCCAGUCGCGAUGACUCUGGGGUUGCGGCGCUCAUCUCGCUUUAUUGGCCGAGGGAGCCAGUGUACAGCUUCCAGGUCAUGUGGCCAGCAUGACUAAGCCGCUUCUGGCGAACCAGAGCAGCACACGGAAACACAGUUUACCUUCCCGCCAGAGUGGUACCUAUUUAUCUACUUGCACUUUGACAUGCUUUUGAACUGCUAGGUUGGCAGGAGCUGGGACAGAGCAACGGGCGCUUACCCCGUCGUGGGGAUUUGAACCACAACCUUCUGAUCGGCAAGCCCUAGGCUCCGUGGUUUAGACCACAGCGCCACCCGCACCCCAUAAUUGGACUAUAUUCCUCUAAGAAUUGUUUGCUUUAUCUGAAGAGUGUCUGUGUGUGUGUAUGAGGGUGUGAGAGAUAAUGAGGUGGUGCAGGGAGUACUAUGCAAUCCUCCAAACACCUCCCACCAUUGGUUUCACCCCCUAAUUGAUCCCCCCUGAAGUAAUAUGGUCUUCAAUAGGGGGGGAAAUCAUCCACCAAUCCCGGUCUAUGGCCCAUUUUGCAAGGAUUCCAGAAACGGCAAGGCCACUAUUGCAAUUAAGACCAAUUAUGCAUUCAGCACCAUUAAAUGGUGAAGCUCUUUCUGGAAUGUUCCAGGUCAGCCACGCUGGCAGGGGUGGAAACUCCCUUUACAUAGAAUGAUGAGGAAAAGCUUAAAGUAGACUGAAUCUUACUUCUAGACCACUUAGAGUUGGAGUUUUCAUGAAUGUAAAGGGAGUAUUUUUAGUUGGGGGGAAACCCAGCCAGAUGGGCGGGGUAUAAAUUUUAUUAUUAUUAUUAUUAUUAUUAUUAUUAUUAUUAUUAUUAUUAUUAUUUAUUAUUAUAUCCAGUCCGCUGCUUUCUGGAUUCUGAGGACACAUUCACACCAUACAUUUAAAGCCCAUUGGUUCCCUGCCCCCUUGGCAAGGAAAAUGGGAACUGUAGUUUGUUAAGGGUGCUGGAAGUGUAGCUUUGUGAAGGAUAAAAAAAUACAGUUCCUAUUAUUCUUUGGGGGUUUGCCACAUGCUUUCAAUGUGUGUCGAAUGUGCUUUAAACGUAAGAUGUGGAUGUGAGUAGAACUAGAUUUUGAGUUCUUGCUCCUUUGGCAAAAUUCUCCAGAUUUCCGCUUUGAUUCAUGUUUCUAGACCUUAUGGUUAUAGAAAUAACAUAUGGCACAGGCAAAUAUAAAAUAUCUGCUCAAAGAACCCAGAGGCUGGAUCAAUGCAACUUUGAGCAGGAACAGUAGCUUCUAUAUUUCUCUCUUCUCUUUUAGCUUUCUUUGGGCCCCCAGAUCCUGCCCACCAUGUUGAGACUCCUGUUUUCCCAAUGACCCAUGUGUCUAUUCUUUUCUGUCCUUGUCUUUCUUCCCUUUCCCUCUUACUAAACAAAACAAAAAAGCUACAAAACCAUCCAAUAUUGCAGCAAGGUGAAACGAAGUGGAUAAAUAUUUGUUGCAGUUUUGCAUAAUUUACUCCACUUGUGGGGGUGAGUGUCUGCCAUUUCUAGCAUAGAAUUAUUUCCCCACUCUUCCUGGGGCAGCAAAAAUGUCUCUUUGUCUUGCCCUACUUGAUCCUCCUGGCCAAGUAGGUUGGCCAUCAUUGGCUUAAAUGCAGAGAUGGCUUUGUCUAUAAUUUGUGCUUUGUACCGUGAUUGCACCUGCAGUGGUGCUAAGCUGAAGUAACGCAUCAGUAUAUUUGUUCUGCAGGUGAACUGUUUUGUGCCGAAGGAAGGUUGUGCAACCAAAUGCAUAGGCAGGUUGCUGGUAGCUUUGUGUAAAUAGCUUCUGCUCGUGCAACGUUGUACAACAUGGGUUGGCAAACUAAGGCCCGGGAGGCAGAUUUGGCCCGACUGCCUUCUGGAUUUGGUCCAUGGAUAGUCCGGGAAUCGCCGCGUGAAUCGGCAUGGGGAUUCUGAUCAUUCGGGCUGUGCCAUUCCUCCCCCACGCCGUGACAGCGCCUCCUUCCUCCCUCCUCCUGGCUUCUUCCUGCCCUGCAUAGAGGAGGAAGGGGGCUGGGCUUUGUUGAGCCAGGGUUGGCUGAGUGCCAUUUUAAGCAGCCCCUCUCCGGAACCAGCCCUUUUGUUCCGCUCAUCAUCCGUCUGCCGCCGCCAGCCCCUGCUGCUCACAAGGCACAGGUAAGCAACCACCGGGGCUCAUCUGGCACUGUGGAGACAGUCGUGGGAGGGAUUCCCCCCCCAAUAUAGUCUGGCACCCUACAAGGUCUGAGGGACAGUGGACUGGCCCCCUGUGGAAAAAGUUUGCUGACCCCUGUUGUACAACAUUAAAACUCAACAUCUGCUAUAGUAGCCCUUGCUGAGAAUGUUAGAGUCCAGUAGUAUGUAGAGGGCCACAGGCUCCCGCCCCACUCUGUUUAUUAAAAAAAAGGUUGGAGGGCUGGGAUAAUCAUUUUGUUUUCUUGUUUUAGAAAAGGUUUCCCCUCCCCACCUUGAGCUUUUAGGUUUCUUGGUUUCUCCUCGUCAAUCCUGACUUGUCCCCUUUCUCUCCUUCCCCGUUCCCUUCCUACUUGACUGUGGAGCAGCAAAUCCUUGAAGUAAGUACAGAAGUGGUCCUAGGGUCUGAAAUGCAUGUCCAUCAGCCUCCACUUCUUGCAUGCCAUGCUUGUGAUGCUCUUCGUGUCUCUAGCUCUCUGGGUUCUUGGCUUCAUCUUUUUCUUGUCUCUGCUGGUCUGCAAGAAGAGUUGGGGAGUUGGUACCCUCAGUGGAGGCUGGUCCGUUAGGGCUGGUCCACUACCUCCAUUUCUUGCAUGCCAUGCUUGUGAUGCUCUUCAUGUCUCUAGCUCUCUGGGUUCUUGGCUUCCUCCAUCUUCUUCUUGUCUCUGCUGGUCUGCAAGAAGAGUUGGGGAUUUGGUACCCUCAGUGGAGGCUGGUCCACUACUCACGAAUCCCAGUCUACCUUCAGUCAGCUCCCAUCUGCCUGGCUUCUGACUUGUAUCCAGUCCAGAGGGUGGCACUGCCUAUCAGCUUCCUCCUCCUCCUUAGUCUCAAUGUUGCCCCCAUAGAACUUAGCAGGGGGGAGGAUGGGGACAAAACUAGAAUUGGUUGGCUCUGCCUCUCAUUGACUCUAGCACCACCUACUGUUGGUCUCCCUUCCUUCUGCCCCACCAGUCCCAAUGGGCACCAGCCACCACUGGGUGCAAUCAUUCAUUGAUAAAGGAUGCUUUCAUCAUUGACAUACGCAUUGCUUUUAAGUCUUGGUAUCUGUGUUGAUAUUUCUCUCUUCCAAAGACCUUAAGACAAUGGCAGGGAAACCCAGGGUGUUGCUUGACUCCACCUGCCAUCAUCCCUGAUCAUGUUGGCUGCUGGGGCUAAUGGGAGUUGAAAUCCAAUAACAUCUCGCUGGUCACUGGUUCCCACCCCUGCCAUUAAAAAUUGCCAGGCUGGAUAAAGCUAUUUCAUAUAUCUUUUUAUACAUAGUUUUAUUUGUUGUUUAGUCAUCUUAGUCGUAUUCGACUCUCCGUGACCCCAUGAACCAGAGCAUGUCUUAGAAACUCUCCCUUUCUUCUCAAAGCUUCUCCUUUUUUAUGUCCAUGGAGUUUUCUUGGCAAAAUACUGGAGUGGUCUGGCAGUUCCUUCUCCAGGUGGAUCACAUUUAGUCUAAACUCUCGGCUAUGACCUGUCCGUCUUGGGUGGCCCUGUACAGCAUAGUUUCUUGGAGUUAUUCAAACCCCUUCACCACGACAAGGCAGUCAUCUAUGAAGGGGACAUACAAUAUUUUUGGCUCCAUAAGACGCACCUGACCAUAAGACGCACCUAGUUUUUAGAGGGGGAAUGCAAGGGGAAAAAAAUUCUUUAAAGGGAGCGCUGAGCAGAGCCUAUAUGCAUCCCAGGCUCUGCUCAGUGCUCCCUUUCACAAGCUGCACGGAGUGUGUGUGUGGCUCUUGGGGGCUUUUCCCCGAGGAGGGAGAAGGGAAGCCCGUCACCCUCCCUCAGGGAAAAGCCCCCAAGAGCCACACACACGCUCCGCGCAGCUCUUUAAAGGGAGUGCGGCUUUUGCAGGAGGUGGGGGAAGGAACAGAGCCGCGUGCUCUGUCCCUCCCCCACCUCCCACAAAAGCCAGGGAUAGCUGUGCGCAGCCUCCACAGGGCAGCGGGAUGAAGGCUCCCCGUGCCCUGCGGAGGCUUUGCAUGGCUAAGCCAGAAGCUAGAACAGCAAGUUCUGGUUUCUGGUUUAGCCGCACAGCCUGCAUUAGCUCCAUAAGACGCACACACAUUUCCCCUUACUUUUUAGGGAAAAGGUGCGUCUUAUAGAGCAAAAAAUACAGUAGUUUUCUACAUCUCUAUAAUAUCCCCCCUUACUUGCCUUCUUUCAAAACUAAAAAGCCCCAAACAUGGUAACCUUUCCUCAUAGGAUCAUUUUGACUGCCCUUUUCUAAACCUUUUUAGAACGUGAUGACCAGAAUUGUACAUCAGUACCGUGGUACCUCGGUUUACGAACUUAAUCCAUUCUGGAAGUCCGUUCUUAAAGCGAAACUGUUCUUAAACCGAGGCGUGCUUUCCCUAAUGAGGCCUCCCGCCGCCAGUGCCCUUCCACCGUUCGGAUUCCGUUCUUAGACUGAGGUAAAGUUCACAAACCAGCACACUACUUCCAGUUUUGCGGAAUUUGUAAACCGAAUAGUUCGUAAACAGGACUGUUUGUCAACUGAGAUACCACAGUAAUGGGGAACCUCUAGUCCCCCACAGGUCUCAUUAGGCCCUGCAGGGGACCUAAUUUGGCUUCUGAGACCACCAAACCCAAGUUGCACCUCUUUCCCACACGGCUGCCAAGGAGCAACUGGGAGCUUUAAGUGCCCUCUUAAUAGUUCCUUGGCAAGGAGAGGCUUGAAUCUGGCAACAAAUGCAUGCCUCACUCGGAUUGGUUCCACUUGGGAGCUGCUUGUCAGUGAUGACUACAAAUCCCACCUCCUUUGCCUGUGUGAUUUGAAAUCAAACCACGCUGGCAAAGGAAAAUGUUUCUACUGAUGUGGUGAUCUGAGGUGGUUGGCGGGUGCGCGUACAUAGUAUGACCCCUGCUGUACACAGUAUUCCAAUUGUGGUUGCACCAUAAAAUUGAAUUUAUCUAAUUUGCAAUUUUAUAUACCACUUUUCAUUGUCUUAAGUCUCACAGUGGCUUACAGUGAUAAAAAAAGAAAACAUUCAAAAUUUAAAAUAUAAAUUAAACCUAAUUCUCAGAAAUUGGAAAUCUCAGAAAUUUAAACAUAAAAUAUAAGAUUGUUUAUUAAAAAAAUCAGAACACCGUUCAAAGACCUGAAAUAAAACAGUUUUAACUAGACAUCUAAAACUCAGCUGAUUUUAUUUUUGAUCCCUUUCCUAAUGAUCUCUAACAUGGAAGACGCCUUUUUCACAGCUGCUGUACACCUUGUAUAUCUAGAAAUUGGGUUUUUCUUUCUGCUGAAGAAGAGCUCUGAAUGUCUCAAAACAUUUUUUUGGUUCUUUUAAAGCGUGUCUGCACUCUAUAUCGCACCUAGCCUUUCUCUGACUUACAUAUUUCUGAGGGGUUUUUCAAAAAAUUCUUUAUGGGGCCUUUUGACCUUCUUGUGUGAGAAACAGACUGGAUAACGGGAAGGGUCUGGAACUGGUGAACUGAGAUUUGUGUACUAAAGAAUUACAGACAACAGGACGGAUGUGAGUAAUAAAACAUAAACUGUACGGGCAGAAAAUCCCUUCAGUGGCACUGGAUAACCUUGGGGAAUGCUGAAAAUUUCGCUGACUCUCCCACACGGGGACUGAGAAUGCUACUCUUGGACCUUUGCUUUUAAAAGUCUGCCGUCCACUUGUAGUAUCUUUGCUGGGACAGGGUUUUGUUUACCAGCCUCUGCUGGAGGUUGCAGAGACAGAAAAGGUUCUCAACAGGAAACAUCAAGAAAGUGGAGACUGGUCCAUUGGGGCAAAUAGGGCACUGCCCCACUAAUCUCAGUCUGCCUUCAGCCACAGCCCCUACUUGCCUACCUUCUUAUAAUCAGCCCUGGCUGUCAAGUUCCUCCUCCUUAGUCUCAGGGUUGCCCUUGUAAAUCUCAGCAGGGAGUUGGAGGAUGGGAACAAAAUUAGCAUCUGUUGCCUUUGCCUGUCAUCGGCUCUGGCGCCACCUACUGUUGGGCUCCUUGGCUACCGCCCUACCAGUCCCAAUGGGCCCAUAUCAACAUCAGUUGAAGCCUACUUGUUCUCUGAAAGCUGCUGUUUUUUAUUGCCUUCCUUAAACAUUAUUUUUUAAAAAAAAAAAUUCUUGCCUCUUCAUCCUGCGUUUCCCACCAUGGAACCCAGGUGAAAUAUACUCAGAGUGAAAUAUACCGUAUUUUUCGCUCUAUAAGACGCACCAGACCACAAGACGCACCUAGUUUUUGGAGGAGGAAAACAAGAAAAAAAAUAUUCUGAAUCUCAGAAGCCAGAACAACAAGACGAUUAGCUGCGCAGCGAAAGCAGUGAUCCCUCUUGCUGUUCUGGCUUCUGGGAUAGCUGUGCAGCCUGCAUUCACUCCAUAAGACGCACACACAUUUCCCUUUACUUUUUAGGAGGGAAAAAGUGAGUCUUAUAGAGCAAAAAAUAUGGUACUCAGAGUCGAGAGUGGAUUUCAUGCUCUUUAUUCAGCUCAUAGUGGUGAGGAGGGAAUGAAAGUCCCCUCAAAGUAUCUGCUUUAUAUACAUUAUUUACACAAUGGGCUGCACGUGAUUGGCUAAUUCCGGAAUUCUCCUGUAGGCCAAUCAGGUUGUGGAUUCACUUCUAUCUGGAGCUGGAUUGGGUGGCUCCUGCCAACCAAUCAUACUGCUGCAUUGUUCUAGGACCAAUCAGACUGCUGCAUUCUGAAUCCUAUUGUUCUAGGACCAAUCAGACUGCUGCAUUUUGGAUCCUAUUGUUCUAGGACCAAUCAGACUGCUGCAUUUUGGAUCCUAUUGUUCUAGGACCAAUCAGACUGCUGCAGUUUGGAUCCUAUUCAACUCAGUACAUAACACCAGGCAUCAUAGCAUGUGGUUUCCAGGCAGUCCUCCAUCCAGGCCCUGGCCAGAGCUGCUUAGCUUUGUUAAGGUGAUACCCUCAGAUGUGCCUUCAGAUCAUGGCCGGGACCAUUACUGAUGUCAAGGGAAAGGGCAGUAGCUCACUGGUAGAGCAGCUCUUUUGUAAGCAGAAAUUCCCAAGCGAUCAACAGAAUGGCCAAAAAUGUUUAAACAAGAACUAAUGUAAGCUAGAGAGCACUUUUGUGUGGACUAGAAGUCAUCGCCUCAAGAGUAGUUCAAGUACAAUCCCAGGCAUCUCCAGGUACUGCAAGGAGAGAGCCACUGCCAGUCAGCAUAGACAAUUCUGAGCUAGAUGGACCAGUAGUCUAAAUCAGGCGUGUCCAACUCCCAAGAGACUGUGAUCUACUCCCAGUAUUAAAAAAAAUCUGGCAGUGAGCUAUCCCAGGGGUAGGCAACCUAAGGCCCAGGUGCCAGAUAUGGCCCAAUCGCCUUCUAAAUGCGGCCCGUGGACGGUCCGGGAAUCAGCGUGUUUUUACAUGAGUAGAAUGUGUCCUUUUAUUUAAAAUGCAUCUCUGGGAUAUUUGUGGGGCAUAGGAAUUCGUUCAUUUUUUUCUUUGGCCUGGGAUUCCGAUUCGGAGGAUGAAACAGAGGAAUCCCGGCCUGCACAGGAGUCCCCGCCUCCAGGGCCGGCUGAACUGGGGCAAGGCCUUGAUGCUGAAGAGCCUGCACCUGUGGCAGUGCAUCAGGAGCUGGCCCCAGGUGAAGCCCUUCGGGCCCCAGAGGGCUUGAUGACUCAGUGGCCACAGGUGAGCCUCCUCCAGGGCCCAGUAACCCUUCGGCCUCUCCUGAUCUGCAGAGGCUUAGGGCAGAGAGGCGAAGGGAACUGGUUGCCCCCAGGAGGAGUGCUCGCCUUAAGGCCAGAGGAGGCGGGGCUCCUGGGGACCGGGACCGCCCCUGGCCUUAGAAGAGGAUAAAAGCCCAGUCAGCCCGGCCCCAGGUUGCGGGAGCAACGUCGUUGUUGGCAUCGGACCUUCCUGUGUUCCUGAUCCCUGCUCGGCUUCCUGUUCCUGACUAUCCGGUACUCCUGUUCCCUGCUCGGCCUCCUGUUCCCGACCAUCCGGUGUUCCUGUUCCCUGCACAGCCUCCUGUUCCAGCAUUCCUGUUCCCCGCCCGGCUCUCUGCCUCGGACCUUGCCCCUCUUCGUGUGGACUCUGCUACACCCAAGGUACCUUACCCCGGGACCAGCACAGUUUGCUCCCGCCCAACCCGCACUCCCCUUCGUAGGGGUGCGUUCGGGAAGAGCCAGAGGCCAUGGCUGACCAGGCGGCUGCACUGGUGGCUUUGGCCCAGAAGAACCAGGCCUUGACUCACACCGUGCAGCAGCUCAGUGACGCGGUUGUGGCACUUCAGCAACGCUUGGAAGCCCUACCGGCUCCUGGGGCCGACGCCUCGGCUCCUGGCAAGUACCCAGUGGCUUUGCCUGAGAAAUUUGAUGGAGCCCCGGCCAGCUUUCCCAUGUUCCUGGCCCAGGCCAAGCUGUAUAUUCAGGGGCGAGCCCGGAACUUUCCUGACGACCGCACCAAGGUGCACUUUUUGAUUAGUUUGUUAAAGGACCAGGCGGCCAGAGUGGGCGUUGCCGCUACUCAGGCAAGACUCCCCUUGCUGGCAGACUAUACGGGGUUUGCAAUCGUUUGGAGGCCGCGUUCGGCAGCCCCCAGAAAGGAGUCAAGCCAACCGGGCGAUUCGGCGUUUGAAACAGGGCAAGUCCACGGUGGCCGCAUAUACCACGGAGUUUCGGCUGUUGGCACAGGACUUGACCUGGAAUGAUUCGGCACUGCGGGACCAGUAUCUCGACGGGCGUUUGGACGAGGGACUGGACCAGUUGGCCACAAUGGAACGCCCCACCACGCUAGAGACUCUCAUUCAACGGAGUGGACGAAUAGACGACCGGGUGGAGGAUCGUCGUCAGGCCGGGGUCGCCGACACUUCCAGUUCACGGCACCAGCUUUUCCGGCAGCCCCACGGUCCCACCUGAUUUAACGGAGGAGCCUAUGCAGCUCGGGGCAGUGCGGCCACGCCUUUCCCCCGCAGAGAAGGCGCGGCGUCGGGAGGGAAAUCUCUGUCUUUACUGUGGCGGAAGUGGACACUUCGCUCGGUCUUGCCCUGAGAACGCCAGCCGCAGAAGCCGCCAACCCCAGUAGCUGAUGGCCCUAGCUGCCGGGGUCCCAAACCGCGCAGAAUGGGCCUGCAUCAAUGGACUCGCAACAUCUUAUGGUUCCGGUACGUUUAUACCCUCCAGGUGGGCCCUGGAUCCCCACCCAUGCUUUGGUGGAUUCAGGGCAACCCGCUCUUAUAUGGACGCUGCUUUGCCGCCCAUCAUCAGGUGCCACUCGGAACAAGCCAGUACCGGUCCAGGUGGAAGCGAUUGACGGACGACUUCUGUGUUCAGGUGCCGUUACUCAGGAGACCCAGCCCCUGGUCCUGUGUUUCCAGCAGCACCGGGAGUUGCGAACUUUGGACAUUGCCUCUAUGCCCACUUCCCCCUGGUGCUCGGGAUGGACUGGCUGGAAGCCCACAACGUUCAGAUUCACUGGGUCAAACGGACCGUGCACUUCCCAGACCCAUGUUCCCGUGCUCCAAUCCGGGACGCUGGCUGCCGCGCCCUCAGAGGAGGCAGCACCCACGCUCUCUGCCGUGUAUCAGGACUACCAGGACGUGUUCGAGGAGCGGGGGCAGACCAGCUGCCGCCGCAUCGGCUUCUGACUGCGGCAUAGACCUCCAGCCCGGAGCGCCUCUACCAGUGAGUCGCUUAUAUUCUCUAACAGAGCCAGAGCGCGAGGCUUUGCAGGACUUCUUGCGCAAGAACCUGGAGCGUGGGUUCAUUAGGCCGUCCACCUCGCCUACCGCGGCACCCCUGCUUUUCGUUAAGAAGAAAUGUGGGAACUCCGCCCUUGCCAGGAUUACCGAGCCUUGAACAAAAUUACCGUCCCAGACCGAUCCCCCUUGCCCCUUAUCUCGGAGCUGCUGGAGCGGGUGCAAGGGGCACAGGUGUUCACCAAGCUGGACCUCCGGGGGGCCUACAACUUGAUUCGGAUCCGAGCCGGGGAUGAGUGGAAGACAGCGUUUGGGACCCGGUACGGGCAGUUCGAAUAUUUGGUUAUGCCUUUCGGGUUGUGCAACGCGCCUGCUGUGUUCCACGCUACAUCAACCACGUGUUUCAGGACUUGUUAGACAAGUACGUGGUGGUGUAUUUGGAUGACAUACUGAUUUACUCCCGUGACCCGGCUCGCCAUGAGGGACAUGUCCGGACCGUGCUGCAGCGCUUGCGUGAGCACCGUUUGUACGCAAAGCUCAGCAAGUGCGAGUUCCAUCAGCGGACUGUGGACUUCCUUGGUCACCGGCUCUCUCCGGAUGGGGUGCAAAUGGACCCGGGGAAGGUGACAGCGGUUCAAGAAUGGGCGGCACCCCGGAACCGCAGGACCUGCAACGUUUCCUGGGGUUCGCCAAUUACUACCGGACCUUCAUCGCUGAUUAUGCUCAUCGCACCACCCCGUUGACCCGGCUACCGCGCCCCAAAGACGCCGUUUUCCUGGGACAAGGAGGCAGAGGAGGCGUUUCAGGGGUUGAAGGCCUGUUUCCAGAGGGCACCAAUCUUACAACAUCCUGACCCCUCUCGACCCUUUGUGGUGGAGACCGACGCCUCCAGUACGGCUCUCGGUGCCGUCUUGUCUCAACAGAUUGGGCCCGAGCGCCACUCUUACCCUGUGCCUUCUAGUCCCGCCAGCUCCUACCAGCGGAGCGUAACUAUACUGCGGGGGAGGGGUAACUACUGGCCAUCAAGGUAGCCUUUGAGGUCUGGCGCCACCAUCUUGAGGGGCACGACAUCCGGUGGAGGUAAGAACCGACCACCGGAACCUGGAGUACCUCCAGACCACCCGCAAGCUGAACCAAAGACAGAUCCGGUGGGCGUUGUUCUUUUCCCGGUUCCAGUUUCGGAUCCGCUACAUCCCUAGCUCUCAGAAUCUGAAGGCGGAUGCCCUGUCCCGGAAACCUGAAGACAACGCAGACACGGUACAGCAAGCAGAACCCGCCACGAUCCUACCUCCGGCCGCAUUCCUGGCCACCCAGGAGGCGCAGCCACUGCAGGUUCGGGUGCGGGAACAGCAGCGGGUCGGCGCUUGGGCCCAGGAACGACUCCGGGAGCUGGCUGAAGGGUCCAGCCCACAGUAUCCGGGGCUGGUCCUGCAUCAGGGCCUCCUGCUGCACCACGGUCGUCUGUCACAUCCCGCCAGGGCCACUGCGGCUGGAGGUUCUCCGGAUGGCCCAUGAUGCCCCGGCAGCGGGGCACUUUGGACGGUAUCGGACCACCCAUCUGGUCAGUCGUGAGUUUUGGUGGCCCCGCCUGAAGGCUGACGUGGCUCGCUACGUUGCUGGUUGUGAUGUCUGCCGACGCGCCAAGGGGCCUACCGGGCGACCUACCGGCCUACUUCAGCCAUUGCCAGUUCCACCGCGCCCUUGGCACACAGUUUCGUUGGACUUUGUAGUGGACUUACCCUCGUCUCGUGGCUGUACCUGCCUUCUGGUUUUCUCCGACCAUUUCACCAAGAUGGUGCACUGCGCUCCCUGUCCAUCUGUACCCACAGCCAAGGAAACUGCUCAGCUGUACCUGCCGCAUGUCUUCCGCCUGCAUGGACUACCUGAGCGCGUGGUGUCCGACCGGGGCGUUCAGUUCACAUCCCGGUUCUGGCGAGCAUUACACCAGACCCUCGGGACAGAGGUCUGCCUCUCGUCAGCCUACCACCCACAGACCGAUGGCCAGACGGAGCGGGCGAGCGCGGUGCUGGAGCAGUACCUCCGGUGUUACUGCAGCUACCAGCAGGAUGACUGGGUCGACCACCUGGCAUUGGCGGAGGUCGCCUAUAACACCGCGGUGAAUGCGUCCACCCAGCAGACCCCGUUCCAGGCCAGUUAUGGUUAUCAUCCACGGCUGUUUCCAGAGGUGCUGCCGGCAUCCGCGGUCCCGGCGGUGACGGAGUGGCUUCAAGAGCUCCAGUCCCAGCAACAGCUUUUGGUGGAGCAACUGCACCAGGCCAAGGAAGCGUACAAAGCCCAGGCCGACCGCCACCGCCAGGUGGGGCCGGAACUUCGCGUCGGUGACCUGGUUUGGCUCUCCACUCGCCACCUCCACCCCUCUCGACCUUCGCGGAAGUUGGACGCCCGCUUCACCGGCCCGUUCCCUAUCGUAGACCAAAUCUCUCCUGUGGCAUUCCGUCUCCGGUUACCCGCACCCCUGAAGGUUCACCCGGUCUUCCACAGGUCCCUUUUGAGUCCGGUGGCCCCACCCGGCAGAGUUCCACCAGAACCGUCCCCGACCGCAGCCAGUGUUGGUUCGGGAGAGCCUGAGUACGAGGUGGAGCGCAUCCUGGACUCCCGAUACCGCAGGGAAAGCUGCAGUAUCUCAUUGACUGGAAGGGGUACGGACCGGAGGACCGUUCCUGGGAACCAGCGGCCAAUGUCCAUGCACCUGCCUGCCUCCGAGAGUUCCAUGCGACGUAUCCCGGCAAGCCGGGUCCGGACCCUCGGUUGAGGGGGCCUGGGAGGGGAUGGUGUGAUGGCCUGGGAUUCCGAUUCGGAGGAUGAAACAGAGGAAUCCCGGCCUGCACAGGAGUCCCCGCCUCCAGGGCCGGCUGAACUGGGGCAAGGCCUUGAUGCUGAAGAGCCUGCACCUGUGGCAGUGCAUCAGGAGCUGGCCCCAGGUGAAGCCCUUCGGGCCCCAGAGGGGCUUGAUGACUCAGUGGCCACAGGUGAGCCUCCUCCAGGGCCCAGUAACCCUUCGGCCUCUCCUGAUCUGCAGAGGCUUAGGGCAGAGAGGCGAAGGGAACUGGUUGCCCCCAGGAGGAGUGCUCGCCUUAAGGCCAGAGGAGGCGGGGCUCCUGGGGACCGGGACCGCCCUGGCCUUAGAAGAGGAUAAAGCCCAGUCAGCCCGGCCCCAGGUUGCGGGAGCAACGUCGUUGUUGGCUCGGACCUUCCUGUGUUCCUGAUCCCUGCUCGGCUUCCUGUUCCUGACUAUCCGGUACUCCUGUUCCCUGCUCGGCCUCCUGUUCCCGUGGAUAGUGUCUUUGACGCUACAAACAUGAGUCUGACCAAACUGCAGGAGGCAGUGGAAGACAGGAGUGCCCGGCGUGCUCUGGUCCAUGGGGUCACGAAGAGUCGGACACGACUAAACGACUAAACAACAACAACCAUCACACCCCUUAUAUUCUAGCUUGGACUCUGAGAUCAUGUAGAGGCGUGCUGUUCGUUGUAUUAGAGGCCCAGCUUGGCUCAACUAGAAAUCAGGCAUUUAGUGUUGUGGGUCCCAUGCUGUAGAACGCUCUUCCAGCAGAGAUUCGGCACACACCCUGUGACUUCUACGCAUCCCCUUUCUAUGCUGGCAGGCCUUUGUAGCUGUCUAAUUUUUGUUUUUGGAUUAGCCAGUUACCGCAACGGUUAUCUGCAUUUUUAUUUUUGUCAGUGGUGUUUUACGUUUUAACAUUCAACACUAUCCCAGUACUUUAUGAUCUGGCAGAAUGAAAACACUUUUAUCAAUAAAUAAAGAACAGAGUUACAGGGACAGGCCCAGAUCCCAACUCUGCCAGGACUGUUACAGAACCUAAUAAUAUCACUUACAACAUUAGGGGCUCCUUCGCCUGCUCAUCUUUCAAUGUGGUAUAUAUGCUGUCAUCUGCCAGUAGCGCCUUCUGCAUUACGACAAAUAGGCCAGACUCUUCUAUGCAACAGAAUAGGUAAAGGAGCUCUGACCAUUAGGUCCAGUCGUGGCCGACUCUGGGGUUGCAGCGCUCAUCUCGCUUUAUUGGCUGAGGGAGCCGGUGUACAGCUUCCAGGUCAUGUGGCCAGCAUGACUAAGCCGCUUCUGGCGAACCAGAGCAGUGCACGGAAACACCGUUUACCUUCCCGCUGGAGUGGUACCUAUUUAUCUACUUUGCUCUUUUCAAACUGCUAGGUUGGCAGGAGCAGGGACCAAGCAAUGGGAGCUCACCCCGUUGUGGGGAUUCGAACCGCCGACCUUCUGAUCCACAAGCCCUAGGCUCAGUGGUGUAACCCACAGCGCCACCCGCGUCCCUUUUAUGCAACAGAAUAAAUGGACCCAAAUUUAAUUUUAGAAACAGCAAUAGCCCCAAACCAAUGUGUGGACAUUGAAACUUUCCAAGAACACCCUGUGACUGACCUUGAGGUAGACCAUCCUUGAACAAAAAAAAAUCUUCAGAGUAGUUUUUAAGAUGCCACAAGACUCUUCAUUGUUUUGACAAAAGAAAUUCCUUCACAUCAUGUGCCUGUCGGAGCAUAUCUACAUAGGAAUAGCCUUGCUGGAUGAGAACUGAAAUAUACUCGGAGUUGAGAGUGGAUUUCAUGCUCUUUAUUCAGCUCAUAGUGGUGAGGAGGAAUGGAAGUUCCCCCAGGCUGUCUGCUUUAUAUACAUUAUUAACACAAUGGGCCCCACGUGAUUGGCUAAUUCCGGGAUUCUCCUGUAGGCCAAUCAAGUUGUGGAUUCACUUGGGGCUGGAUUGGUGGCUCCUGUGGACCAAUCAGACUGCUGCAUUCUGGAUCCUAUUGUUCUAGGACCAAUCAGACUGCUGCCUUUUGGAUCCUAUUCAGUUCAGUACAUAACAAGAACAAACUAGUCCAGCAUCUUUUUCUCACAGUUACCAGCCAGGUGCCCCCAUGGGAGGGAUCUGGAGUUGUGUCAACCCAACCCAGCCAAAUCUGACUAGGAAUUGCCCAGAAUUGGUUCAGGUUCUGGGCUUUGAUUGAAUAUGGUGCACAUCCCUUAUACUGUACACACAUACACAUAUUGAGAUUUCCAAGCUGACUUAGCUGCAGCAGUCACAAAAUGCAAUCAUUUCACUACAAACCAUUGACAAUUUAAACAUUAAAUUAAAGCUUUUUAACAGAGAGAGGGAUCUUUUCUCUCUCUUUUUUACAGUACUGAGUUUUACUUUUUUAAAAAUUUUUAUUCUUUUAUAUAAUAAUAGUAAAAUAAAUAAUAAUAUACAUUUAGAGGGGGGGACUGAAGAAUGAACAAUAGUAAAUCCCAGUGUAAUUUGUUCAAAGAAAAUAAAUAGACUGUAUUAUACCUAAAUUAAUGUUAUGGAUUUAGGUGAGAUCUAUAAAUGUUUAUGUGCCACACUGGAAUCUCUGAAUACUGGGUGCUAGGGACAAAUAGAAGAAAGCAGUUAUCAUCGGGGUCUGCUUGUGAGCUUCCAGAGGCAACUUGGUGGCUGUUACUGGUAAAUGAGUGUAGCCAGGGUGAUGUAAUGGUUAGAACACGGGUAGCCAACCUGGUGCCCUCCAGAUGUUGUUGGACUCCAGCUCCCAUCAACCCUAGCCAGCAUGUCCAAUGGUCAGAAAUGAUGGGAUUUGUUAUGUACUGAUGUUCUCACCCUGGGCCAGCAGGGGGAUACUGUAGAUAGUUUUCACUCAGGUCCACAUAUGCAAAUAAGGGAUUGAAAGUGACGUUCAGUGAUUGGAAAGUGUUACAGUUGCAUUGUAGUGGAGCUCUAUAUAAGCAGGCUGACUGAACCCCUCAGUUCAGUUCUGUUCUGGCCUGUGAAUAAACAAGAGCUGUUUGAAGAAUCGCUGUGUCGUCUGAUAUGUUCACCCACAACUUAACAGGAGUUACAGAGUGGGAAAAUCUGGAGGGCACCACAAUGCCUACCCCUCAGUUGAAGUGCUGGCCAUGGACUGGGGGAACCCAAGUUCAAAUCCCCACGCAGCUGUGAACCUCACCGGGUGACCUUGGGCCAAUCGCCUUCCCUCUCAGCUUCUAGGGAUAUAAAAAUGAGUUUCUGCAACACACAAUGAGGAUUCGUGAACAUUAUACAGCAUUAACUUAAGUGUUAGCUGCAGGUUUUGGUGGGUGAUUUUAUUGUACUGAACCUUUGAGAAUUUGAUUUGGGUAGGGGAGAACUAUGUGCUCUGUUUUGAACUCCUUGGAGAAAAGGAGAGCUCAAAUCUCCACUUGGACUUGAAGCUCCAUGGGUGACUUCAAACCAGUCAGUCUUUCAGCCUAACCUACCUCGCAGGGUUGUUGUGAAGACACAAAGGGGAAAAGGGGGAGGGGUGAACCAUGCACACUGUAUUGGUACCUCGGGUUACAGACGCUUCAGGUUACAGACUCCGCUAACCCAGAAAUAAUACCUCAGGUUAAGAACUUUGCUUCAGAAUGAGAACAGAAAUUGUGCGGUGGCAGCGGGAAGCCCCAUUAGCUAAAGUGGUGCUUCAGGUCAAGAACAGUUUCAGGUUAAGAACGGACCUCCGGAACGAAUUAAGUACUUAACCCGAGGUACCACUGUACUUUAAAGUCCUUGGAGGAGUUCAAAUAGAUAUUGGUGUAAAAGUAAAAGAAAAGAAGCAACAGUCUUUGGCCUGAAGCAGCAAGAAGGCCUCUUCCCAAAUCUGACGGGGCUGUUUAGGUACCUGGAAUCCAGACCAUGGAAAUUCCCCCACAUUUGGCUACCUAAAAGAAAAAAGGGGAAAGGCCCAUUGUGGAAAGCAGUUGCAUAAACAAAUCUGUUUGUGCUUUGAAGGUGUAAGCAAGGUGCUCCGUGAGCAGACUGAGAGAGGGGCAAGGCGUCCUUUCCUGGCGUUUUAUCUCUCUUGGGAAUUCCAGAGAACACAGUGGCCUGGCUUUCCUCCUUCCCUCCCUCCUCCUUUGCCUGGCAACCCACAUUCCAGCUCUCUAAGAGUUUAAAUUCCUCCCCCACACUCUCUCUUUCUCGCCUCUCCAGACAAGUUUCUGGCAAGGGGGAAAGCGGACUCCUCUUUUGACCACAGGUGCAGAUAGAUUUUGCAUUCAUUUCUCUCCUUCGCUACACCUGGCCGAGUACUCAUUCUUUGCAGACUGGGAAAUUGCAAACUCUUGAGACUUACUUUUGGGGUUCCUUUUCGUCCCCCCUUCCUCCACUUUCAGAUUAAGAUGCUUACAGAUAGGAAGCACGAGCUGGAGCGUCGGCUGAGUGCCAUGAUGGAAGAAAACAAUCUUCUUCAGGGAACGGUGGAGGAGCUUCAAGAUCGCGUGUUGAUUUUGGAGCGGCAGAGUCACGAGAAGGACAUGCAGGUAUGGGGGAACAGGGGCUUGGGAAAAGGGGGAGACAGCUGGAAGGAAGGGACUGAUUUAAAAUAUUAUUAUUAUGAUUGAGCGAUGCCGCCGGAUCACCAGUUUGGGAACAGGAAGGUAAUAUUGUGAGGCUUGAGCAACCUGAUAAUGGACUUUUACUAGUGUUGCAGGAAUUUAUGUAUAGGUUGGGGGGGGGUUGCCCCUUCAGCAGAUAUCAUGCACAUGCAGCCCACUACCAAAACCAGCACAAUCACUUUUGUGACUUUUGUGAUUUGUCCCCACAAAACACUUCACAGUUUCUUCCUGCCUAUUCAAAGGGCCUUUGCUGCACGAUACCAAAUGUAACAAUUCAAUGAUAAAUGUAUCUAUGUACUGGCUCACUGGGAAAACUUCAGAAAUUCAUAUAGACAUGUGAGCUCAGCUAUUCCGCAGCCCCUCUGCCUGAGUGAUAAUUCCUGGCAUCCUGAUACCUGAGUGCCAGACAGGUAGCCGUUCCAGAAAUAACAAACGAGAUGAAGACAAAAGGGUGUGAUUAACUUGAUUAAUUUACAGGGAAAUGUAAAUAUCUUUUCGUUAGACUUGAUGGGUGUUUGGUGGAGGGCAAGGGGAACCAUGGGGCAGGGUCCAGGAUGCUCAGAUUACUGCCACCAGACUUCCCCUUUCAUGAUGUAACCGUGAUGUAUGAGUGAUGUAGUUUCGGGGGGUGUAACAUGGGGAUUAGGUAAAGGUAAAGGGACCCCUGACCAUUAGGUCCAGUCGUGGCUGACUCUGGGGUUGCGGCGCUCAUCUCGCUUUAUUUACCGAGGGAGCCGGCGUACAGCUUCUGGGUCAUGUGGCCAGCAUGACUAAGCGACUUCUGGCGAACCAGAGCAGCGCAUGGAAAUGCCGUUUGCCUUCCUGCCGGAGUGGUACAUAUUUAUCUACUUGCACUUUAACGUGCUUUCAAACUGCUAGGUUGGCAGGAGCAGGGACCGAGCAACGGGAGCUCACCCCGUCGUGGGGAUUCAAACCGCCCACCUUCUGAUCGGCAAGUCCUAGGCUCUGUGGUUUAACCCACAGCGCCACUUGCAUCCCUUCAACAUGGGGAUUAGCAACUAAUAAAAGUUUGGGGGCUCUUUUGUUUGGGGCUUCUAUCUUGUUCCACCUUGUGGCAGGUGGGAGUCCUGUCGCGACAAUCUUCAAUAAAGACCAAGCCUACUGGCUGCUGUUUUGUUCUGGUAUUCCUGGGUGGUGUCCUUGUUUUUUGUCCAAAGUAGCCCUCAGAUUUCUGCGUUAACACUAGGAACCAGUAUGACAUCGGUGGGAGGAAAGGGAAACCCAUGGCCCUCCACAUAUCCCUGGACUACAACUCCCAUCAUUCUUGACCAUUAACCACAUGGGUCGGAGUUAAUGGGAGCUGGACUCCAAUGAAAUCUGGAGGGCUACAGAUUCCCAUUCACUGCUGCAUAUUCUCGAAGGCUGCUGCUGCAAUCCUAGACCUGCUUCCCUUGUAGUGAGCCCCACUGAAUUCAGUAGGACUUCCUGUUCAGAAAACAUGUAUUUUAGUUUAUUAUUAUACUUCACAAAAACGUGUAUGCCGCUGAACAGUAAAUAUAACCUCUUGGUUUACAGAUAAUAUAAAAUAUUCAUUAAAAUUGGAUUGAGUUAUAUUUAUUAUGGGUAGCGUUGAUUUGUUUAUAUGCCCAAUUUACCAUAUUUUUUCGUCUAUAAGAUGCCCCCAUGUAUAAGACGCCUCUUAUUUUGGGGGAGAUUUAAGAAAAUGGGGGGAGAUGUAUCCGUGUAUAAGACGCUUCCCUAAUUUUUGACAUUAUUUUUAGGGGGGAAACCUAGUCUUAUACACAAAAAAAUACGGUAUUUUCUGUCUCUUAGUGUUUAAUUGUCCCCACAAAGCAGCAUGCAAAGCUUUCUAUCCAACCUAAGUUGGACUUGCUGAAAUUAAUGAAUCCAAGACAGCCAUGCCCAUUAUUUUUAAUGAGUGAGUAAGAUUAACUGGAUACAGCUUAAAACUUUGUAAAAUACAAUAAUGAUGAUUAAAGCAAAAGGAUAUGAUCAUCCAGUUAAAACCACAUUAUGCCCCCUUAAACGUGAACAAUAGCUGUUAAAGCAUUAGCAGUGAAUAAAAGCAACAGCAGUGGUUAAAAAACAGACUGAAAUAAAGGGCGUUUGAGCUGUUUUGGAGCUAUGCAAUGUUUUUAAAAGACGUGUAGGGUUGUGUUGUAAAAGCCUCAUUUAUGCUUUUUUAAUUGUUUACCUAAAAACAAAAACACAAUGUUGUGAAUACAGUGAACAGGUGUAAAGGCAUGCUAAUUUUAACUAAUAAAAUACUGGCAUCAUACAGGCAUGUGAAGCUGUGGGAAUCCCUCCUCACAGAGGUGUGUCUGGCACAUUCAAAAUGCAGUUUUUGUGAAAUGCAGAUAUAUAUUUUAAGACCCACCCUAUUCUUCUGAUUGUAAAUUGUUUUAACUGGUUUUUAGCUUGUAUUUUAUAUUGCUGAAGCCUGCUCUGUGACCUUAUGGUGAAGGGUGGAUGAUGAUGAUGAUGAUGAUGAUAAUAAUAAAAUAAAUGAAGAAUAUAUCUUUAUAAUUUCUUGUGCCAGUUGCAUCAGAACCAGCUAGAACUUCAGGAGGUGAGACUGUCUUAUCGGCAACUGCAGCUCAAGGUAGAUGAACUCAGCGAGGAGAGAAGCCUCCAGAAUUUCAACUCUACCAGCACGUCACUGCUGUCAGAGAUUGAGCAGAGCAUGGAGGCCGAGGAACUGGAGCAAGAGAGAGAACAGGUAGCAUCAAAACUCUUGGCUCCAGAAGAAUUGGGGGCAGCACAGGUGUGUUUAAAUGUGUGUGGUAGAGCCAUAGUGGACUUCCUUCCUAAAAUCCUCCGUCCGCAAAUGUUUGUGUUGCACAUUCCCUGAAUACUCCGGUGUUUCCUGAAUGUUCCUGAUCUGCAUUUGACAGCCAGUCAUCAACUUGAUUUCUCAGUAUGUGCUGUUUUAUGGUUGGCACACAAUAUUAUUUAAUACUAAUAAUUUAUUUGCUGGUAGGGGGGAAAGGGUAAUCAAUUCCACAAGGACAAGCUAUGUGUCAAAAGUCAUGCCUAGCUUGGCCCCAAGUGUGCUUCUUUGUUUGAAAUAUAUGGAAAAGUGCCACCCCAGGUCAAAUGGAGACUGGUCCAUUAGGGCAACAGGGGUACUUCCCCACCAACCUCAGUCUGUCCUCAGCUGGCCCCAAUUGCUUGCCUCUCCCUUAGACUCAGUGUUGUCCUUCUAGAACUCAGCAGGGAGGAAGUUGGGGGCAAGAGUAGGGUUCAUUGGCGCUGCCUGCCAUUGGCUCUGGCGCCACCUACUGUUGGACUCCCUGCUUUCCACCCUAUCAGUCCCAGUCAGCACCGGUCAGCACUCCCUAGAACAGUCCUUUCUGCAUUCUCAUCACAGCUCAGACUCCAGCUCUGGGAGGCCUACUGCCAGGUCCGAUACUUGUGCACUCACCUUCGAGGGAACGACAGUGCGGAUUCUGCGGUCUCCACGGACUCUUCCAUGGACGAGUCAUCAGAAACCUCCUCGGCCAAAGAUGUGCCGGCUGGUAGCUUGCGGGCUGCCCUCAGCGAGCUGAAGAGGCUGAUCCAAAGUGUUAUAGAUGGCACAGACUCCACGGUAAGGGGGAGAGAUUUGAAGCUCACACUUGAAGCAAAUGUACCUGUGGCAUUUGCCCUCCUAGGUGGGUCAUAAGGAAAGGGUUAAAUGAGGGUGAAGUGAUUGGCCAGUGGGAACCCAAGGGGAGGAGUUAGAGUUGGAGUUGUGUGAAAGUCAGCUGAGAGUUGGGAGUUGGAGAAGGAAGAGGGAGGAUAAGUCUGUGGGUUGGUCGAGUUGUGUUGUGAGAGAGUGAGAGGAACUGUUAGGUGGAGUCAGAUAGAUGGUUGGGAUAAUCAGUUUGAAGUUGUUAGGAACGUAUAGGUCAGUAAAGAAACUAAGAUUAAGAAACUGCCAAGAAAAAUUAACUGAAACUAUAAGCUUGUUCAUGCCUAUAAAAUAAACUUGAUUAUUUGUUAAUGUUAACAACUGUCUGGACUCCGUGUGUACCCGAGAGAAACGGGUUGGUGGCAGUGGGGAAGCGAUCAUAGUGGUGGCACAGGGAUCAAUAGACCGUCAAACGUCCGGGGACCCUGUGUGAUUGCCACAGUACCUAAUUUGCACUUUCCAGAAUGAAACACUGAACCCAAACACUGCCAUCCCAAUUUGCACUUCUCUGAAUUUUGCAAUGCUGCCAACUAAUGGGAUAAAAAUGCACAUACGAGGGUAAAGUGUGCAUAGAAAUAGCAUACAGGUGCAUUAUAUCGGAGAAAAUUGCUUUGCAAAACUGUGUACAGUGGUACCUUGGUUCUCAAAUGCCUUGGUACUCAAACAACUUAGAACCCAAACACUGCAAACCCAGAAGUAAGUGCUCCGAUUUGCAAACUAUUUUUGGAAGCUGAACAUGCUCCGGUUUGAGUGCCACGCUUCCGUUUUGAGUGUUACGCUAAGGUCUGUCUGUUUUUGCUCUCUUUUUUUGCAUUUUUGUAUUUGCGGCUCUUUUUUGUUUUUGUGUCUAUUUGGAACCCAGUUCAGUUUCUGAUUGAUUGAUUGAUUGAUUGAUUGCCUGCAGUACAUUGUUUAUCACUUUCAUUUUAUGGAUCAACGGUCUUGUUAGAUAGUCAAAUUCAUGUCAAAUUUCUGUUUUAGGGAUUCUUUUUAAAAGUCUGGAACGGAUUAAUCGGUUUUUGCAUUACUUUCUAUGGGAAAGCGUGCCUUGGUUUUGGAACACUUUGGUUUUGGACUUCCGGAACGGUUUAAGUUUGAGAACCAAGGUACCACUGUAUAUGGGAAGAAACUGGCGCUAAAAUGCUGAUGAGUUUCGAUGAGGGCUUCUAUUAGAAAUUUGCAAACUGGUGUGGAAAUGUGGAGAACCAGACUUAAGACUGGGAAAAGGUGAAACUGAGAAGAAUUAACCUUCAGAGUCACCUGUCCCUAACUGAACUUUGUGUGGUCCCUCCGGGAUCUCUCCUUUCUUCCAUUCUGCUUGCCAAACCUCUACUGAUUUCACUUUUCUUUCUUUGCUUCAUUACGCUUGCCAGAGCUCACGGCGAAGCGAUGAUGAUGCCUUAGAAGAACAGAUCAAGCAGACAAGCGAAGAUUCGAGAGCCUUGAGGGAGCUGAUGGAAGGCGAAAGAGGGAAACUGAGGCAGAGCCUGGAAGAGCUGCAACAGCUCCAUAGCCAGGUAAGCACGUACCUCUGACUAUCCAAAGGCCUAUCUAUCCCAGCAACCUCUUUUCACUCUGGCCAGUCAUAUGCCAAUGAGAAACCAAAGCAAGACCUGACCACAGCAACACUCCCCUCACCUGCACUUCCCAGCAAUUCAGUUGCAUACUACCCUGACUCAACUCAUCUGAGCUCAUUUGUUUUCUGUUGCUGGUUUGAGUUGUCAUGGAAUUACGUAGCUUGUUUACAUCAUUUCAGUCUUAUUGUCCAGUUAAAGCAGCGGUUCUCAACCUGUGGGUCCCCAGAUGUUGUUGGACUACAACUUCCAUGAUCCCUGAGCUCUGGCCUUGCUAGCUAGGGGAGAUGGGAGUUGUAGUCCAACAACAUCUGGGGACCCAUGGGUUGAGAAAGGCUGAGUUAAAGGAAGGAGAGGCGUCUGGCUCUUUCAGUAUUGAUGGACUACAACUCCCAAAAUUCCUCCUGAUGCCUUGGCCAAGAACAUCUGAAGGGCCUGAGGUUGCCCACCCUUGGUUUAAUUUUUGUUUGGGGAUAGGUAAAGGUAAAGGGACCCCUGACCAUUAGGUCCAGUUGUGGCCGACUCUGGGGUUGUGGCGCUCAUCUGCCUAUUUUCUCACCCAAGAGAAAGUCACUAAAGAAGAAUCUAGUCCAACCCUCUGCGGUGCAGGAACCACAACUGAAGAAUCCCUGACAGAUGGUCAUCCAACCUCUGUUUAUAAACCUCCAAAGAAGGAGAGGGCACCACUUUCCGAGGUAGUCUGUUCCAUUGUCAGACAGCUCUUACCAUCAGAAAGUUCCUCCUCAUGUUUAGUUGGAAUCUCGUUUCUUGUAUUUUAAAUCCAUUGGUUCGAGUCUGAGCUUUUGCAGCAGCAGAAAACAACCUUGCUCCAUCUUCCAUCCCCUUAGUCUCAGUGUUGCCCUUCUGGAGCACAGCAGGGAGGAAGAUGGAAACAAAAGUAGAUUUGGUUGACUCUGUCUUUCAAUGGCUCUGGCACCACCUACUGUUGGGCAUCCUUGCCUUCUGCCAUACCAGUCCCAAUGGGAGCCUGUGGAGGGAGGCCUGCAAGCAAAUGCACUGGUAUGUGUGCCCAGUCCUGAAUCCUAUACAGUGUUACCUCUGGUUACGUACUUCAUUCGUUCCGGAGGUCCGUUCUUAACCUGAAACUGUUCUUAACCUGAAGCACCACUUUAGCUAAUGGGGCCUCCCGCUGCUGCCGUGCCACCACAUGAUUUCUGUUCCCACCCUGAAGCAAAGUUGUUAACCCGAGGUACUAUUUCUGGGUUAGCGGAGUCUGUAACCUGAAGCGUAUGUAACCCGAGGUACCACUGUGUUCCUGUGAACUGAUCAUUCUCUAUGUGUAGCAGGACUUUGUUGUUUUUGUUAUCUCUAUAUAUUAAAUGGGUUUAAAACCCACUCCCCACUUCCCCUCCCCAGCUAUACUUUUUCCUUCUGGAUCCAUUUAUGUGUUGUUGUUUUUUGAUUGAUUGAUUGUAAAUCCUUAAGGAACAUGGACAUGUAUGUGUGCACACAAACUUAAUUCAUUUUAAAUUAAGCUGCUGUUAUAUUUGCUGAGCCUAACAGUAGGAGAUAAGCCCUAAAUAGAUAGAGAAGACUAGCUGCAAAAAGUAAGCAAAGCUAUGUGGUCCUCAAAACUCUGCAGCGGCCAAUUUUCAAUUUCUCUUGCCACUGAGGGGUGGUGCUGAGGACAUGAUUUAUAUAGUGUUUCAGCUAGCUGUGGUACCCACAAAUUCUGUAUUAGUGACCUUGAAAUGUUCAAAAAUCCUGAUGUGGUUCCUUUCACUGAUGGGAAUUACUUAAAACAGCUUCACUCGAACCUGGUGCCUUUCAGAUUGUUAGCUAGCACCGAUGAGAGGACCAUCUGUCUGGUUUAAAAACAUGAGGUUUGAAAACCAACAUGAUGGCUUUUUCAAGUUUUUCUCUGCUGUAGGUUCUUUUUAGGAAUUUAAGGUUUUAAUAUUUAUUCCUACAGCCAUGUGGUCUGGCUUACAUAAAACCUCCAGAAUGCAGUGUCUCAAGAUUGCGACCAUUUUUGUUCUUGUCUCCCCUCUCCCCCCUCAAAAUACCCCAUUUAUAACUGUGGUUGUGAUAUGACAAGCACAGCUCCCUAUCCACGAUCUUUUCCUUGCGGCACCUUCAGAGUGGUCACUCCAGUCCCUUAUUCUUGCCAUUCAAUGAGUGGCAAUCAAAGGUUAAUUUUUCUUCUGUUUCUUAUCAGGUGACGCUACUGAGUGUAGAGAUGACUUCCCUGAAAGAGGAACGGGACAGACUCCGGGGAUCAGUAGAUGAUAAGGAUAUGAGCGAACAACUCUUGAAGGCUAUCAGGGAUCGGGAUGAAGCAAUCGCCAAGUAAGCUGAAUUAUUUUUUAAAGACGUGUGGGGUUGUGACCCCCAGGGAGAGGGGCAGCUGUGUCAUGAUGGCUUUCUGUGUGACAAGAAGCUCAGUAAAAAGUCAGCCGGGGUGGAGAACCAGUGGCACUUCAAAUGUCAUUGGACUCCAACUCCCAUCAUCCCCAGCCAGCAGGGUCAACGGUCGGGGUGACUGGAACUGUGCCUCGGAAUCCUGGAGGGCCACAGGCUCCCCAGGUGUGAUGCAAAAACACCACUGUUCUUUUCUACAAAGGGAAAGGGACCCCUGACCAUUAGGUCCAGUUGUGGCCGACUCUGGGGUUGCGGCGCUCAUCUCGCUUUAUUGGCCGAGGGAACCGGCAUACAGCUUCCGGGUCAUGUGGCCAGCAUGACUAAGCCGCUUCUGGCGAACCAGAGCAGUGCACGGAAACGCCGUUUCCCUUCCCGCCGGAGCGGUACCUAUUUAUCUACUUGCACUUUGACAUGCUUUCGAACUGCUAGGUUGACAGGAGCAGGGACCGAGCAACAGGAGCUCACCCCAUCACCGGAAUUCGAACCGCCAACCUUCUGCAAGUCCUAGGCUCUGUGGUUUAACCCACAGCGCCACCCGCAUCCCUGCUCUUUUCUAUAGAGAACCAUUAAUCUGCAAUCCUGCAGAGCUGGGGAACGUAGCAGGUAGCCAGAAACAGUGUAUAUCAAGCAGAUGCAAAGCCUCCAUCAUGCAUGUGAAUGUGCGUUGUUUUGAAUCCAUGGAGAAGGGCAAAAACAAAACCCCAAAAUGCAGAAGAAUUAAUCUGGUGCUUAGUUUGAUUAUGUCAGCCUUCCCUAACUAGGUGCCCUCUAGAUGUUUUUGGCUGCAACUUCCAUAAGCCCCAGCCAGCGCAGCCAAUGGUCAGGGAGCUGGAGUCAUAGCAAACUGCCUUAUAUUUACACCUUAUACCAUUGGUCCAUCUAACUCAGUAUUGUCCACGCUGGUUGGCAGCAGCUAUUUAGAGUUUCAAAUGGGGGACGUUCCCAUCUCUACCUGGAGAUGCCAGGAAUCGAAACAAGAGACUUUCUACAUACGGAGCAGAUGUUCUACCACUGAGCCACCACCCUUCCCAUUUACAGAAUAUUACAGCUUAUCUGGGUCUCAUACCCUUGGUUAGUUAGGGACCUCCUCUGCAUGCACAGACAGGCUCUGGCAGAUUGAGCGGACGAUACCAAUAGUUUGUCCAACGAUCAAGAAGAUGGUUUCUGCACAGGCCGUAGAGUAGAUGAGAGGCAGAUGGGGCUCAACAACCUGGGAAGGGAGCCCAUCUAGGAGAAGGAAAACUCUAAUCCUAAUCCUCUGCUGCCUUAUGGGAUAUUUUCAGGAGAAAAAAGAUCUAGAGUGGAGUUCCUGAGACAGCUGGGUGGUGCCUUGUAUACUGAGAAAGGGCUCUUAUCGUCUAUACAGUGGUACCUCGGGUUAUAGACGCUUCAGGUUACAGACGCUUCAGGUUACAGACUCCGCUAACCCAGAAAUAGUACCUCGGGUUAAGAACUUUGCUUUAGGAUGAGAACAAAAACUACGUGGCGGCAGCGUAAGACCCCAUUAGCUAAAGUGGUGCUUCAGGUUAAGAACAGUUUCAGGUUAAGAACGGACCUCCAGAAUGAAUUAAGUUCUUAACCCGAGGUACCACUGUACAGCCCAGGACCUCCAUACACACUGCCCAGGUUUUGCACCCCAGGGAAGUCAUGUUUGGCUUGACAUCACCCCCGAAGGCACACUCCAUUGUCUGAGACAGAUGGAUGCCAGCAACAGCAGCUUAUCAAUAGCCUUUUGGCAGAUCUUAAGCCAUUUUGCCCCUGGACCAACCACACUGAUGUACAGGUGAAACUCGGAAAAUUAGAAUAUCGUGGAAAAGUUCAUUUAUUUCAGUAAUUCAACUUAAAAGGUGAAACUAAUAUAUGAGAUAGACUCAUGACAUACAAAGCGAGAUAUGUCAAGCCUUUAUUUGUUAUAAUUGUGACGAUUAUGGGGUACAGCUGAUAAAAACCCCAAAUUAACAAUCUCAGAAAAUUAGAAUAUUGUGAAAAGGUAGAGUAGCUAUUCAAUCCAUAACACCUGCAAUGGGUUCAGUAGGAAGCACAAUCAUGGGGAAGGCUGCUGACCUGACAGUUGUGCAGAAAGCCAUCAUUGAGACCCUCCAUAAGGAGGGAAAGCCUCAAACGGUAAUUGCAGAAGAAGUUGGAUGUUCCCAAAGUGCUGUAUCAAAGCACAUUAAUGGAAAGUUAUGCAGAAGGGGAAAGUGUGGAAGAAAAAGGUGCACAAGCAGCAGGGAUGACCACAGCCUGGAGAGGAUUGUCAGGAAAAGACCAUUCAAACGUGUUGGGGACUUUCACAAGGAGUGGCCUGAGGCUGGAGUUAGUGCAUCAAGAGCUACCACACACAGACGGAUCCUGGAGAUGGGCUUCAAAUGUCGUAUUCCUCUUGUCAAGCCGCUCCUGAACAAGAAACGACGUCAGAAGUAUCUUGCCUGGGCUAAAGGGAAAAAAAGAACUGGGCUGUUGCUCAGUGGUUCCAAAUCCUCUUUUCUGAUGAGAGCAACUUUUGCAUCUCAUUUGGAAACCAAGGACCCAGAGUCUGGAGGAAGAAUGGGGAGGCACACAAUGCCAGAUGCUUGAAGUCCAUUGUGAAGUUUCCAAUGCCAGAUGCUUGAAGUUCAGUGUGAAGUGUAGAUUUGGGGAUCCAUGCCAUCAGCUGGUGUUGGUCCACUGUGCUUCAUUAAGUCCAGGGUCAAUGCAGCCCUCUACCAGGAGAUUUUGAAGAACUUCAUGCUUCCUUCUGCAGACGAGCUUUAUGGGGAUGCUGACUUCAUUUUCCAGCAGGAAUUGGCACCUGCCCACACUGCCAAAAGUACCAAAACCUGGUUCAGUGCCCAUGGGAUUACUGUGCUUGAUUGGCCAGCAAACUCGCCUGACCUGAACCCCAUAGAGAAUCUAUGGGGCAUUGCCAAGAGAAAGAUGAGAGACAUGAGACCGAGCAAUGCAGAGGAGCUGAAGGCUGCUAUUGAAGCAUCCUGGUCUUCCAUAAUACCUCAGCAGUGCCACAGGCUGAUCGCAUCCAUGCCACGCCGCAUUGAGGCAGUAAUUGAUGCAAAAGGGGCCCAAACCAAGUACUGAGUACAUAUACAUGCUUCUACUUCUCAGAGGUCCAAUAUUGCUCUAUUUGCAAGCCUUGUUUUGCUGAUUUGAUUUAAUAUUCUAAUUUUCUGAGAUUGUUAAUUUGGGGUUUUCAUCAGCUGUAUGCCAUAAUAUCACAAUUAUAACAAAUAAAGGCUUGACAUAUCUCGCUUUGCAUGUCAUGAGUCUAUCUCAUAUAUUAGUUUCAUCUUUUAAGUUGAAUUACUGAAAUAAAUGAACUUUUCCAUGAUAUUCUAAUUUUCUGAGUUUCACCUGUAUAGCUGUCCUUACAGAGCACUGGUAGGAAUGCCCAAACAAUACUGUUAAAUCUGUCUUUUUAAAAUUAUUGAUCCAUUAUCCUAAUUGCCACUCAGUGGUGAUUUAGCCUCCUUGCCAGUUACGAACAUAGGAAGCUGCCUUAUUCUGAGUUAGAUCAUGGGUCCACCUAGCUUAGUUUUGUUUAUACCAACUGGCAGUGGUCCUCCAAGAUUUCAGAGGUGUCUCUCUCCUGUCCCUACCUGGAGAGGGUAUGAUUUAAACCUGGGACUUUCUGUAUGCAAAGCAGAUGCUCUCCCAUGGAGCUAUGGUCCUUUCCCCAAAUAUAAAUUACCAUAUUUUUUGCUCUAUAAGACUCACUUUUUCCCUCCUAAAAAGUAAGGGGAAAUGUGUGUGCGUCUUAUGGAGCGAAUGCAGGCUGCGCAGCUAUCGCAGGCUGCUUUCACUGCACAGUGAUCCCUCUUGCUGUUCUGGCUUCUGAGAUUCAGAAUAUUUUUUUUCUUGUUUUCCUCCUCCAAAAACUAUGUGCGUCUUAUGGUCUGAUGCGUCUUAUAGAGCGAAAAAUGCGGUAUUUCUUAUAUAAAUAUAUUUAUAUUUCCCCAAAUAUAAGAUAAUUUCUUAUAUUUGCCAUACACAGGGACACAACCAGAUUUGUAUUGGGGGAAGCUAUGCAAUGGCUCAAUCUCCUUAUUUUCAAGGACUCUGUCACCAUCAUCACUCAAGGGGACCUUUUCAGCACGUAGAACAGGAAGCAUACAGAUCUCUGUUUAAAGAGCCAUUGUAGCGCUGCCACCUGUUGGCUAAGGGAAGGAACUGCCAACUGCUGAGUUUUGGAUGCAAAAGGCAGCUUUUGAUAUUUUAGUAUGUGUGUGGGUUACUGGCUCUCCUGUAUCCAUGGAAACCAGCUGCCGUUCUGGGGCUGUACGAGUCCCAGUGUUUUUAAUAUUCAUUCAGCAGCAAGGGGAUUUUGCAAUGCAGGACGUACUUAUUCUGGUCGUCUAUCUUGGAAGCCGCAGGUGUAUUUUGCUGAAACGUGACCCGUGAUAUAUCUUAAAAUACAGAUAUAUUAAUUUAAACAAACCUAUCCCUCUUUCCAGGCUCUGGGAUGGUUCAAGGCAGCAAACAGGUUUAGCUUUGAUUCCAGUGCUGUUCCACGUAGGGGAAGAUCUGUAACUCAGUGAUAGAGCACCUGCUUGGCAUGCAGAAGGUCCCAAGUUCCCUCAAAUCCUGCUGCACUCAAAUCCUGCUUGCAGACUUUCUGUAUGCAUCUGGUUGGCCACUGUGUGAACAGGAUGCUGGAUUCAAUGGGCCACUGGUCUUGUCCGGCAGAGUUCUGCUUUUAUGAAGCAGAAGCUCUUGUGGCCACCUAUCAGAAAUGCUAUAACAGUGGAAUUCCUGCAUUGACUGGGGGGUUGGACUUGAUUACCUUUGAGGAUCUCUUACAUCUCUAUGAUUCUGUGAAAUGCCAUGUACAGUGGUACCUCAGGUUACAAACGCUUCAGGUUACAGACUCCGCUAACCCAGAAAUAGUACCUCGGGUUAAGAACUUUACCUCAGGAUGAGAACAGAAAUCAUAUGCCGGCGGCAGUGGGAGGCCCCAUUAGCUAAAGUGGUACCUCAGGUUAAGAAUGGUUUCAGGUUAAGAAUGGACCUCUGGAACGAAUUAAAUUCGUAACCAGAGGUAAAGGUAAAGGUAAAGGGACCCCUGACCAUUAGGUCCAGUCGUGGCCAACUCUGGGGUUGCGGCGCUCAUCUCGCUUUAUUGGCCGAGGGAGCCGGUGUACAGCUUCCGGGUCAUGUGGCCAGCAUGACUAAGCCACUUCUGGCGAACCAGAGCAGCGCAUGGAAAUGCCAUUUACCUUCCUGUCGGAGCGGUACAUAUUUAUCUACUUGCACUUUGACGUGCUUUCGAACUGCUAGGUUGGCAGGAGCAGGGACCGUGCAACGGGAGCUCACCCCGUCGUGGGGAUUCGAACCGCCAACCUUCUGAUCGGCAAGUCCUAGGCUCUGUGGUUUAACCCACAGCACCACCCACGUCCCACAACCAGAGGUACCACUGUAUAAUGAUCACCUCCCCUGACUCCCUGGGCCACUUUUGUUAGCACAGUCCUUAUAAAGGUCCCCAGCCUUCCUUCCCUCUCAGUCCUUCUGCUGUUAUGCUUCUGCGGUGUUUUGAACUCUCUUCAGCCAGAUCAGUGGGUGGGUGGGAGAGGUCUUUCCAGGCAGCCUCAUCCCCAAUUUGUAGAGGGCCAUCUGGUGCCUCAGGCUGCUUCCAGAUUACCUGUUUAUUGAGCACUCGUCCUGAUUGGUUUGCAAGAAGAUUUGACCACGGUAGCAUUCAUUCUGAUUUGUUUGGUUAGCUGACAUUAUGUCAAUGCAAGCGUUAUCCCACAUUUUCCAGGGCAUUUCCUUGUCUCUUUCCUUAUCACAAAAAGUCGGAUCCUUUGGGGGAAGAGGGUUUGUUGCUCAAGACCUCCCAGCAACAGGAAUUGUGUGGCUUGAAUUGGCUGAUAAAUUGGCUGUGAUUGGAUACCACUCAAAAGUAGUGACAGCCUGGAAGCACCCUCAGGUUAACAGAGUAUGCCAUCUUUGUGGAAGGCAGGAAGCAGUGGCACAGCCAACGGGAGGCAGCAGAGGGGAGCAUGAUGUGCUAAAAGGGAGAAAGGCGCCAGGUUUCCCUGUACAGUGGUACCUCAGGUUAAGUACUUAAUUCGUUCUGGAGGUCCAUUCUUAACCUGAAACUGUUCUUAACCUGAAGCACCACUUUAGCUAAUGGGGCCUUCCGCUGCCGCCGCACGAUUUCUGUUCUCAUCCUGAAGCAAAGUUCUUAACCCGAGGUACUAUUUCUGGGUUAGCGGAGUCUGUAACCUGAAGCGUAUGUAACCUGAAGCGUAUGUAACCCGAGGUACCACUAUACUAUUGCAAGGGAGCAUGGGACGCAUGCCCAUUUGGGGCUGAGCCUUAUAAGCUUGCUGUCUACCAUGUCAACUGAGUGUCAAGAUGGCAGAUUUUUUUGGGGGUGGUGGUCUAUGCAGCAGUAGCAGCAGCUCAGCCCACCCAACCUAAGAAGAGCUUGCUGAAUCAGGCCAGUAUCUCAUCCAGCAUUCUGUUCUCACACUGGUGAACUAGACAUCUACCGUAAGCCCAAAAUCAGGACCUGAGUGCAACCAAAACUCUACCCACUUACCGUAUUUUUUGCUCUAUAAGAUUCACAUUUUCCCUCCUAAAAAGUAAGAAACUACAACUAAUCCAGAAUGCGGCAGCUAGACUGGUGACUGGGGGCGGCCGCCAAGACCAUAUAACACCGGUCUUGAAAGACCUACAUUGGCUCCCAGUACGUUUCCGAGCACAAUUCAAAGUGUUGGUGUUGACCUUUAAAGCCCUAAACGGCCUCGGUCCAGUAUAACUGAAGGAGCGUCUCCACCCCCAUCGUUCUGCCCGGACGCUGAGGUCCAGCGCCGAGGGCCUUCUGGCGGUUCCCUCAUUGCGAGAAGCAAAGCUACAGGGAACCAGGCAGAGGGCCUUCUCGGUAGUGGCGCCUGCCCUGUGGAAUGCCCUUCCAGCAGAUGUCAAAGCGAUAAACAACUACCUGACAUUCAGAAGACAUCUGAGGCAGCCCUGUUCAGGGAAGUUUUUAACGUGUGAUAUUUUACUGUAUUUUUGGUUUCUAUGGAAGCCGCCCAGAGUGGCUGGGGAGGCCCAGCCAGAUGGGCGGGGUAUAAAUAAUAAAUUAUUAUUAUUAUUAUUAUUAUUAUUAUUGGAAAUGUGUGUGCUUCUUAUGGAGCGAAUGCAGGCUGCGCAGCUAUCCCAGAAGCCAGAACAGCAAGAGGGAUCUCUGCUUUUGCUGCGCAGCGAUCCCUCUUGUUGUUCUGGCUUCUGAGAUUCAGAAUAUUUUUUUUCUUGUGUUCCUCCUCCAAAAACUAGGUGCAUCUUAUGGUCUGGUGCGUCUUAUAGAGCGAAAAAUACGUAUGUUUCUCAGCAGCUGGUAUUCCAAGGCAUACUGACACCCGACAGUGAAGGAUAAAGAUAGCCAUUGUGCCAGCCUUUAGUAGCCUUCUCCUUUAUGAAUUUGUCUAAUCUUCUUUUCAAUCCACCCAAGUUGGUGGCCCUCGCUGCCUCUAGCGGGAGCUAAAUCUAUAGACUCAAUGAUUCGUUGUGUGAAAAUGUCCUUCCUUUUGCUUGUCCCGAAUCCUCUGAGGUUCCGCUUUGUUGAAUGUAAUAAUAAUAAUAAUAAUAAUAAUAAUAAUAAUAAUAAUAAUAAUAUCUUUAUUGUCAUGAAGUUCUAGUGUUAUGAGAUAGAAAGAAAAGCAUUUCUCUGUCCGUUUUCUCCACCCUUUCAUCCUCUGACACUGGGCAGGAUAUGGGUCCAUAAUAUUUAAAUCCACUCUAAAAUAGUCAUAUUUCUACAGGAAUUAAAUAACUGGGGAAGAGGGAGGUUUGCCUUAAUUCAGGGUUUCCCAAACUUGGAUCUCCAGCUGUUUUUGGAGUACAGUUCCCAUCACUCCUGACCGCUGGUCCUGCUAGCUAGGGAUGAUGGGAAUUGUAGUCACUUAAUGUGGAGUUUUACAUCGUACCAUUAGAAUCUGUAUUUAAACGUUUUGUGAUGGUAAUGUUCGUGUAGGGGAAGCCAGAUGUUGCCCUUCAUAUUUGAUCUCUGUCUGUCUGUCUGUCUGUCUGUCUAUCUAUUUCUUACUGCCAACUUCGGCUUCUAAGCAGUUUACGUGUAUAAAAAUUGAUUACAUAACUGUGAAUAUAUAAACCUCCCUAAUUAAAGUACAUGAUAAAACAACCCCAUUAAAGCAUGCCGUAAUUAAGUAAAAAAGUAAAUUUUCUUACUUUUAUGUCUUGAUGUUUUCUUUUUCUUUUUUUUGUAUUUAACUCUUCUAUACUUACCUUUGUUGUACAUUUGUAUUUUAAAGCAAUAAAGAUUUACCAUGAAGAAAAAUAAAUAAAUAAAAAUAAAACAUGCCGUAAUUAAAAUAGGAAGAGAUCCAAGGGAAAAUAGUAGUCACAUCUUCAAAAGCUGGCAGAAUGCCAGUUGGACUCCCAACUUCCACGAGACCCAGCCAGCAUGAUCAGUGGAUAGGGGUGAUGGGAGUUGGCGUGCAGUGACAUCUGGAGGGCACCAUAUUGCCUCCCUCUGUGUUCACGCAUGGACCGUCCUUUAUUGUCUUUGAAUUGCCACGUUGCUUGGGCUGUCUCUAAAUCCAAAAAGCAAGCAAUGGCAGAGGGUCUCCCGAGAAAUGAAUUUGACCGCCUUCUGCUUUUGCUUUUCAGGAAGAACGCUGUCGAAAUGGAGCUAGCCAAAUGCAAGAUGGAUAUGAUGUCACUGAAUAGUCAGCUUUUGGAUGCUAUUCAGCAGAAGCUUAACCUUUCGCAGCAGCUGGAGGCGUGGCAGGUAAGAGGGAAAUGGGAGUGUGGAGUAGCAGUCCAGAGUCCUUCUCCCCAGCACCUAUUCUCUUAAGUCAGAAAUGCUUUGCGGAUUCCACCAGAAGUCCCUUUUUUGUGCAUUCAUCCUGAUUCACUUGCCUAAACCUUGCACAGUGAUGACGUACAUGCAUGUGUUAUUGAACUAGGCCUGAUUUUCCUACUUCCCUGUGAUCGACAGAAACCUCCCCCUGGUUGACCUUUUCCCACCCCAGUUCUCAACUUCUCCGUCUUCUCCUCUCUCUCUCUCUCUCUCUCUCUCUUCUCUCCUAUGCUUCCAGUUUGCUUCCUCAGGCCUUUUUACAAUAUGGCUCCUUUGGUUUCUGAUCUAGUGUGGCCUUUCUCAGUUCCCGUAACAACAGCUUUAGUCGUACACCCCUCCUGCCUUUAAGGUGAGCGCCCAUCCACCUCUCUCCUUACCCACCUCAUCCUGUUUCAUCUCAUCCCAGUUUAGUCUCACUACAUCCUCCGGGGGGAAAGAAUGCGAGCAUCUCAUAGGCACCCACAGAAUCAACUCUGCGGGCACGUCGCUCUUCUCAUCUUCCAUGAGCAUGUCACAGUUUCUCUCUCUCUCUUCUCAAAAGUACCUUUCUGAAUUUGCUUGCCUGUCUUGUGGACUAGUGUCUCUCUUUUUUUAAAACACAUGCUUUCCUUUCCAGAGCAUGGACUUGUGGUAACAUUGAAAUAUACUCGGAGUCAAGUGUGGAUUUCAUGCUCUUUAUUCAGCUCAUAGUAGUGAGGAAUGAAAGUUCCCCCCCCCAAAAAAAAUCUGCUUUAUAUACAUUAUUUACGCAAUGGGCCGCACGUGAUUGGCUAAUUCCUGGAUUCUCCUGUAGGCCAAUCAGGUUGCGGAUUCACUUCCACCUGGAGCUGGAUUGGGUGGCUCCUGCGGACCAAUCAUACUGCUGCAUUGUUCUAGGACCAAUCAGACUGCUGCAUUCUGAAUCCUAUUGUUCUAGGACCAAUCAGACUGCUGCAUUUGAAUCCUAUUCAACUCAGUACAUAACAAACAUCUUGCAUUAUUAUUAUUAUUCCGGCAGUUAGAAUGCAGAAGCAUAGAUACCUUCAAAGGUGCAUGUGUAGCAUAGCCAUUAUGGCUAGUAGCCAUUGAUAGCCUUAUCUAGUACUAUUUUUCUAGAAAAAGAGGUGCCAGAACUCACCAUGAACUCACCCUUGUUCUCUUAGAAUGGCAAUGGGGCCCACCUGAGAUGUGCCGGAACUAAGCCCUGGCCUUAUUCUCCUCUGCCAGGAUAUCUGAUCCUCUUUUAAAGCCAUCCAAGCUGGUGGCCAUUCCUGCAUCCUGCGCAAGGUCCCUAAUUUAACUGUGCAUUGUUAAAAAGAAGGUCUUUUUUCAAAAUCUGUCCUUGCCCAAAAGGCCCAAAGAGUCUAAAGAGGGUGGGGGAGUGCCAUAGAAUUAACUUGAAAAUGAACUAAAAAUUGUUCACGAAUUCACAUUCAGUUCACCUGGUAAUUGUGGGAAAAACAUAGUUUUUUCAAACUAAUUCAGUAAACUUUGUUAAACCACACCAGUUCAUUCCAAUCACUGUUUAGAACUAAAUCACUGAGCACAUAUAGUUCCAGGGUGGGGAGCUCUUGAUUUCCAUGCAGAAGGUCCCUUGUCCCCUGGGAUCUCUAGGUAGGGCUGGGAAAGCCCUAUAUCAGGCUUCCUCAACUUUGGCCCUCCAGUUGCUUUUGGCCUACAACUCCCAUGAUCCCUACCUUGCAGGUCCAGUGGUCAGGGAUGAUGGGAAUUUUAGUCUCAAAAACAUCUGGAGGGCCGAGGUUGAGGAAGCCUGCCCUAUAUCCUAGAGAGCUGCUGCCAGUCAGUGUUGAUAAUAUUGAGCUUCAUGGACCAAUGAUGAUUUUUCCUCCAAAGACCUCUAAGUGGUGCAUAUGGCUCUUCCCUUUAACAUCAUCUUCUCACAACAACCCUGUGAGGUAGGUUAGGCUGAGGGACUUGAUCAGUGGUGGAGGAAGAGGAAUGCGGGGGGAGUGCACUGCCCCCGGUAGCGCGAUCCUGGUAGGGUGCCAUUGCGGCUGCCCUCCCCCCACUUGUGCUGGGCACCAGGCCGCCACAGGCACGUGCCACACCCCCAGGACGCCUGUCAUGCCCCCGGGAUGUGCGCCAGCCCCACCCCCACCUGCACUCUGCCCCCCUCCCCGGUGCCAGAGCAUGAAGCUUCGCCACUGACUGUGAUUGGCCUGGGGUCAGCCAGUGAGCUUUGUGGCAGAGAGGCAUUUACUAAUAAUUAUUGGGACGCGGGUGGCGCUGUGGGUUAAACCACAGAGCCUAGGACUUGCUGAUCAGAAGGUCGGCGGUUUGAAUCCCUGUGACGGGGUGAGCUCCCAUUGCUCUUUCCUAGCUCCUGCCAACCUAGCAGUUUGAAAGCACGUCAAAGUGCAAGUAGAUAAAUAGGUACCACUCCGGUGGGAAGGUAAACAGCGUUUCCGUGCGCUGCUCUGGUUCGCCAGAAGCGGCUUAGUCAUGCUGGCCCCAUGACCCGGAAGCUGUACGCCGGCUCCCUCGGCCAGUAAAGCGAGAUGAAUGCCGCAACCCUAGAGUCGUCCGCGACUGGACCUAAUGGUCAGGGGUCCCUUUACCUUUACCUCCCUGGUCCCAGUUUAACACCCUAACCACUACACCGCCACUGGCGCUGUAGAGCAUUUUGCUCUGCUGGCGGAGAGAUGCAUGUUGUUUUGUUUUGGCCCCAUGUGCCCCUCUCCCCAGCAAGAUGACUCAUAAUCACAAGCUGAAAACAUUGUAUAAUAAGAACGAGGAAUGGAGAACUUCAAACCGCUCCCUGUCUUCCUGUUUAGAUCAGCCCUUUAUUCACAGCCAUGACGACAGGGAUCUUUACUUUCAGUGUAAAGGCCAAAGCAAACGGGUCAAGCAUCUGCUUUGCACGCAGAAGCUCCCAGGUUUCAAUCCCCAGCAUCUCCAGGUAAGGCUGGGAUAGACUCCUGCCGGAAUCCCUGGAGAGCUGCUGCCCAUUGCUGCUUAUAUGAGCACUGGCCUGUAGCUCAGUGGGAGAGCAGGUAGGGAUGGAAAAAGCCCUGCUCUCUGAAACCCUGGAAAGAGACGGAGGUCAGUACUGAGCCAGAUGGACCAGUGAUCCGACUUGGUGUCAGGGGUCCCGUUUCCUCGCCUGAAACGAAAUGGGAACAUGCUGUGCUGUAGCCUUACUUAGCUGGGUUGCUUGGCGGUGGCUACAAAAUGGAGGCGAUGGCAGGUUCCAGCAAGACCUUGUGCGCUCUGCAAGAUGUCACCGGAAGCCAGCACUGCUUCUUGGCCAGCGGAGGUGGCAGAACAUACAUGGGGUCUCUGCUUCUUUAGUUUCUGCUGCCUGAGGCAGCUGCAUCACCCCACCUCACGGGUGGUCCGCCGUGCUUCGUAUAUCUCUAUCGCUGUGCACCCCUUCCUACAAGCAGCCCCUCCAGUCUCUUCCAUUUGAAUUUCCCAUCUCCUCUUUCUCUCCCCAGCUUGUCGUGCCUUCUCCAACCCUCACUUCUGAUUUGAUUGCUCAACAGAAGUUAGAACAGCCAGGCCUCUGCUCCCGUGACCAAAACAACUUGCUUUAAAGGAGGGAUGGGGAAUCUGUGACCCUCCAGAGCAGGGGUCAGCAAACUUUUUCAGCAGGGGGCCAGUCCACUGUCCCUCAGACCUUGUGGGGGGCCAGGCUAUAUUUUGAAGAAAAAAAUGAACGAAUUCCUAUGCCCCACAAAUAACCCAGAGAUGCAUUUUAAAUAAAAGGACACAUUCUACUCAUAUAAAAACAUGCUGAUUCCUGGACUGUCCGCGGGCCGGAUUUAGAAGGUGAUUGGACUGGAUCCGGCCCCUGGACUUUAGUUUGCCUACCCAUGCUCUAGAGGCAUACCUUUCAAGUGACCUGGAAAAAAGGGGCAUCUCAUUUUCUCAUGCGCUCCUGCCUCGAAAAAAGCCCUUUUUUGGAGAGUGAGCCAGGUGCAGGUCCCAUGACUCCCCUGGGAGCACGUACCGGAAGAUGCAUGUCUUGGUUUUGCAUCGGAAAAAGUUGGAAGGAAUGCAGAGGUUGUUGGACUCCCAACUUCCAUCAUCACCAGCCGGCAUCAGGGAUGAUAGGAGUUGUAGUCCCACAACCUUGGGAGGUCCACAGGUUCCACAUCCCUGCUGUUAAAGCCUGAAGUAUCUUUUGUGUGUGUUCUUUUUUAAAAAAUAAAUCACUUCCAUUAUUCUUUGGGGGGCAAGGGUAUUCUAGAAAUGAACCCUUCCUUGGCAUGCUGUUUGAAAUUGCUAGGCCAAAGAGGAUUUGCAUAUACAGCGGUACCUCUGGAUGCGUGUGAAUGGGAUCCGUUCCUGAGCCCCAUUCGCAUCCUGAAGCCCAUGCAGCCCACAUCUGUGCGUGCGCGGGUCACAAUUCACCACUUCCACGCAUGUGCAUGACAUCAUUUUGAGCGUCUGCGCAUGCUCGAGUGGCAAAACCCGGAAGUAACGCGUUCCAUUACUUCCGGGUUGCUGCAGAGCUCAACCCAAAGCUACUUCAACCCGAGGUAUGACUGUAGAUCAGGGGUUAGCAACCUAAGGCCCAUGGGUCACAGGUGGCCCAUGGGGGUUGUUUAACCGGCCCAUGAGCCGCCCCCAAACUGAACCACCCGCUUAGUGAGUCCCCGCGCGCUACGCUAAACCAGUGUAGCGCGGCAUGCGGACUCGCUUCUGUGGCACCGGAAAUCACAUCUGCGCAGACGCUGGAAAUUGUGGGUGCACUUGCUCACACACACAAUCCAGCCAUGGAGGGAUCUCCGCUGGAGUGAACAGGCCCAGACCUUGCCGACCCCUGAUAUAGAUGAUAGCCAAUUCGCUGCUUACCAGACAUGUAAAACAGUGGUGGCUGGUGCCCUUUGAGACUGGUGGAGCAGCAGGCAGGGAGCCCGACAGUAGGUGGCGCCAGAGCCAAUGACGGACAGAACCAACAAGUUCUAGGUUUGUUCCCAUCCUCGUCCCUGCUGAGUUCUACAAGGACAACAAAGAGACUGAGGAGGAAGAAGCUGCUAGCAGGCAAAGACAUCCCCUGGAGUGGGUGCAAGUAAGAAGGCAGGCUGGCAGGUGAGGGCUGGCAAAGGGCAGGCUGAGAUUGGUGGGAUAAUGCCCUGGUCAGCCUAAUGGACCAGCCUCUCUGCUGAUGUAAGAUGAGGCCUCAGAGCUAGGUGACUGGCUAUGUCUGUUUUACUGAUGCUGGCGGCGAUAUGGUAGGAGUGAAGUGUGUGUGUUUGCGCAUGAGUGCACACACGUCUUUGCUGUGUCCAUGUGCAUUUGAUGGUUGUUCCUAGCAACCGAGCCCUUGCUGUGAUGAUAAUCCAUGUGUCAGAUGGAAAUUCUUGUUUCUUUCCUCUUGGCUUCACUGAUUUCUGGUUAAUAAUGAUUCCCCCCAACCCUCCUUUUAGUGCUAGAGUCUGCUUGUCAUGCAGCUCAUUCCUCACAUUACAUAAGCCCUGAGUACAAAAAGCUUUGAUGGCUGAGAGAGAACUCAUGGCAAGAUUCCUGGAGCUAUUUCACCUCAAUUUAGCAUUUAAGUGAUCUACAGGCACUACCGUUUAAAUAAUGGUACCCAAAUGCCCUUUGCCAUGAUGCACAAGGAAUGUGUUUCUGUGCAGAGGCAGAACUUAGUAUGCCUAUCUGUGUAUAAUACUGCUACCACUAGUACUGCUUCUACUACUACCGUAUUUUUCGCUCUAUAGGACACACUUUUCCCCCUCCAAAAAUGAAGGGGAAAUGUGUGUGCGUCCUAUCGAGUGAAUGCAGGCUUUUGCUGAAGUGUGCACCGACCCCUCUCGCUCUCCAGGAUUCAGGAAGCUAUCCACAAGCCCUUGGAGCGCGGUGGGAGUUCCCGCUGGGCUCCGAAGGCUUGCGGAUAGCAGCAAGCUCCAGGAGCGAAGGCGAGGUUGCUCGCAACCUUGCUGCCGCUCCCGGACCCGUUCUGGGGGGUGGGGUCGGGGGAAGCUCGGGUUUCCCCCGCCCCAGGCCCGCGGUUAAAAAUGAAGCCAAGACAGCUAGCGGGAUAAAAAAAUUUUUCUUUAUUCCCCCCCACCCUAAAAUCUAGGUGCGCCCUAUGGUCUGGUGCACCCUAUAGAGCGAAAAAUAAGGUACUUUUUAUUAUUAGACAUUUUUAUCCCACUCUUCAGCCAAUAAAGGUUCCCAGAGCAGCUUACAAAUAAUCAGUGGGAAGACAUGUUCUCACAAUCUAAGAAUUCAUGACACAAGAGGAAAACAAGUUAGGGAGGGAAGAGGAAAAAAGCAGGCUCAGGCCCCAGUUAUUAGUUACAGAUAUUGUGCAACGGGAAGAGUAAUGGGAAAUAAAAUUGGCAGAGGAGGCAAAAGUUGCUGGUUUUCAGUUGAGCCAAUGUACAGAGUCCGAUCUCUCCCUCUCCUGCUGAGCUCUCUGCCUACAGGAGCGCUGUGUUUUUGGAGGCUGGGCUGGCUGCUAUUGUGUGUUUGUGACUUUGUUUGCAGAACCUGGCACAGCCAUUUAUUUAUAUGGGUGGGUGGGAGUAAAAGAGAACAUUUUUGGCAGCAUGAUUGAAGGGAGAGGGGGACCCCAGAGCCUGAGGAUGGCCAGGUUUUGCUGCUUCUCAACCUUCCCAUAAUUUGGCCCCUUUAUGUUUGUUUUAUCCCUCCCGCUCUCUCUUUGUCCUUCCUGUUAACAGCGUUCCUUCUUUCCUUCCUGCUGCAGGAUGACAUGCAGAGGGUCAUUGACCAGCAGCUGAUGGACAAACAUCCAAAGGAGUGGAGCCAGCCCACCUAUUCCUUCUCCAGCGGUCACGGGGCAAAGCGGCGCACUAGACCCUCCCCCUUGCUGAGGCCAGAGCAGCAGGGGUCAGAGCCCAGCGGGGCAGAAGGGAACCGCCUCUUUUCUUUUUUCAAGAAAAAUUAAUUGGACAAGAGCAACCACUCUCAAUUCCUUUUUUUCUUUCUUCCCUUUUCCUUUUUUUAUUUUUAUUUUUUGAGAUGAAGGAUGCUGGAGAGAGAUUCAGCAAGCCCAGCUUGUGAUGGAUGACGGUCUCCAAUUCCGGUCACAGAAGAAGCCGCCAAAAAAAGAAAAUGAAAAAAAAGGGGGGCAAGGAGUCCCGUCCCCCAACCCUUAAGAACACUGCACUAAUCUUGCAGGCUGCGUGGUCUGAACUCAAUGUUUACAUGCGUCAUAGUCCAAUCGCCGGUCUUCUGCGCGAUAGCAAUUGAAAAGGACACUCUUUGAUACCUUAAAGCAACAUGAUAAGAAAACACACAACCUUCCGGGUCUCUUGUUAGGUCCACUCUGUUUCUGCUGUGAGUAAUCCAGAUGUCUUAAAAGUCAUUCUCUUCUGCAAAAGAGGAAACUUUAAAGGACCAGUUGAGAUGUAGGAGCCAAGGAAGGGCCGGGGGCUGGGGGGGGCGGAUGGGGAAGAGAGAGAAAGGGGGAAAUACCCAUGCAUUUUAUUUGCCGAGUUUCCAUUCUUUUCACCAGACCAGAGGGCACCAGGUUGGCAAAGGCAGGUCAUCCUUAUCUGUCCAUUUCUCAAAAGUGAGAGAGAGAGCAGUCGUGGCUCCUGGUUUGGGCAGAGCCAGACAGAACUCAACAGAUGGAGGAGUGUUUGUGCUCUGUCCUGGUCUCUCUCAGGGUGGGUGACUAAGCAAGAAUGUAAGCACACUGAAGGCAGUUCAGCUUCCACGUCAGCUCUGUUUCCCUGCUCUCCUUUCCCAGAGGUUGUGGCUGCAAGGAAAUGGGCAAGUCUCUAGCCAGCUGGAAGUUGCAAGUAUGCUGCAGCAAGAGUCUAAGAGGGGCAGCUGCUCCUGUGCCUAAACAAGCACCAUACCCAAUAAGCAGAAGUAUCCCUGGACAAAUCCUGCUGUCUCUGCUUGUGAGAACCAGAGCCCAGGUUUUUGCAAAUUCUUGGGAUUCACAGUAUUCCCCCACCUACCCUCCCAAGUUUGUCCUUCAGCAAAAUGAGACCGCUUGCUGUCUUCUAAACCUUGGGCCAGGACUGGCUACGUGGUGUCGUCCAGAUCUUAUUGGACUACAGUUCCCAAUAUCAUGAACCUUUGGCCAUGCUGGCAGGGGCUGAUGGGAGUUCAACAAGAUCUGGAGGGCACCAUGCUGGCAAGGGCAUAUGGCAAGUGCCACCCUGCCCUGCUACUGAUGGAGGAGCAGUGCCAGCCUCACUGCCAAUUUUGGGAGAGAUCUUGCAUGUAAUCCUGAAAUCAACACCAAUGCCUGUGCUGCUUCUCUGCUGGCAGUGGUCUGCCCACAGGGGUGCUGCCUUGGGGGCUUUUGCUGCCUGAGGCAGUGGCCUCACCCCACCAGCCCUGAUGUUGGCUAUCCCUGCCUAGGUGCUAAACCCCUUGCUGCUAUUGUGAGGUUAAAUUGGGAGUGAGGCUCAUGGAAGAAUAGAAAUGACAGGAGCGUGGCAUUUUCACAAAGGGUAGGCUCUACUGCUAAGAUGCGGGAGCUGUUGAGACUUCAGCCUGAUCCUCACUGACUCCCAACCAGCAUGGUCAAUGGUCAGGGAUACUAGGAGUUGUGUUGCCGCUGACAGAUUGAGGGUCACAGGUUCCUCACCCCAGCAUAGGUUAAGCCAGAUUCCAUCUUUUCUUGGCAUGGCAUUUUUCUAGGCUAGGGGUAGCUAACAUGAUGCCCUGUGGGUGCUGUUGGACACCCAACGUCUUGACUAUUGGGCCUGUUGAGAAACCAUCAACAGGUGCAGGGCAGCACAUUUAGCUAUUCCUCUUCGAAUUGGAGGAAGGUUUGGGGGAGCUCCAAUCUAGAAGUGGCAGAGCUGAGAUGCAGGUGGACUCUAUGAGAACAAAACCUUUUCCAACCAUAAACAGUAGAUGGUGUAUGAAUGCCCAGUCUGCUGUUAUAUCUUCUCUUGGCCCUCCAAAAACAGGAACCCAACUCUUGCACCUGCUGCAGAUGCCCUUCACAGCUGGAGUAGCCACAGAAAUAAACUUGUCCCAUAUAGAUUUAGACUGAGUGCACACUAUACAUUUGAAACACAUUUCCCCCUUAAAAUUCUGGGCACUAAAGUUUGCUAAGAGUUGCUGGGAAUUGUAACUCUGUAAGGGAUAAACUACAGGGCCCAGAAUUAUUUAAGGGAAAUAAUGUAUUUUAAAGAUACAGUGUGUUACUGUUUUAAUCUGGUAACUGGCUGUUAGAGCAGAAUGCUUGCAAGGGAAAGACGAUUGCUUCUGAAAAGGAUGGGGAACCUGUAGUCUACUGGCUGCUGUUUAACUACAGUUCCCAUCAUGCCCCUAACUAUGUCGGCUGGGGUUGAUGGGCGCGGCAGUCCAACAACAUUUGGAGGACCAUGGGACAGAUAGUACUGGUUUAUGUAGAAAGGAAUCCCUGCGCUGUGAGUUCUAUUACACCAGGGGUGGGGAACCUGUUGUUACUGGAAUCCCAUCUGCCCCCAGCCAGCCUGGCCAAUGGUCAGGGGAUGAUAGGAGUUGUAGUUCAGCAAUAUCUAGAGUGCCCAUAGGUUCCUGAUCCCUGCUUUACACCAGUCUGGAACAGAACCCGAGUGGCAACAUUCAUAAAGGUAUUCUGGUUAAAAUAGUGUGUAACAGAACCUGUUACCUAUAUUCAUACACUGGUUUGGCAGACAGCAUCCUUGAGCACUGUGGGUCUUCCUUUUGAGUAAAAACAUGCAUAGGGUGAAGCUGAAAUCUUAUGGGGGGGGCAGCAUCUUUCCUAAAAUGUGAUAUACCAUAUUUUGCCGCCUUCUCCUGCAAGGUUAGCUACUGCCCAUUGCAUUGUGGGAUAGUGAACGGAAAGCAAUAAAGAGAGAACAGGGAGGGCUGGUCUCCCUCCCCCACCUUGAGAAACCUGACAGCCACACUUGUAGACUUGUUUCCAGGAGUUGCCAGUCCCCCACCCACGCUCUCUGUUGAGCAUUGCCAUCUGUCAUAACAGUACAGCUCCCCCCCCCCCGCCACAUCAUAUUGUGAUAUUAUUGAACUACACAGCCAGGGGUGAUGGAGCUUCGUGACAGCAGUGGGGAGCUCCAUUAAUUUGGGAGGAGAAGCGGGUGGCUGUAGAGCAAUUGCAAGGAGCCAUACUGCCCGCUUUAUCUCCCCCCCUCCCCGCAUUAGCUGAGAAUCCUCACUAGGGGCAUCAGUUGUGGUAUCACUACCUAAAGAUCAGACCAGACAAAACAUUGCACAGAUUCAUUCAGUUAAUUCUUGCACCUAAAAGUACACCAUGGUAUAUUUUGGAACAGGAAAGGGAAAACUCUGUCCCGUGUCCAGUUCCACCACCACCACCCCAUUCUGGGGACCGCAACUCCCAUCAGCCUCAGCCAAUAUGAUCCAGCUGGAGUCCAACUACAGCCCAAGGGCUGCAGUCGUCCCCCCUGUUUUAGCGCCUGACAUGCGUUUUGCCUGUAAGCAAGAGGCUAACUGAUAAUGCAAGAGGGGCACUUGUAGAGCCUCUGGCUCCCUCCAUCAUUGAUCACUGCCAAGUAGCUAACCUUUCCUUAGGAGGAGCAAAGAAAGCUACAGUAAAACAGUGGCAGGAGAGAGAUGGCCCACAGCUCCUGCUUUCCCUGUGUUUGGCUAUCUGGGAUCCUUUUCAGCUUUCUCUGGCUGUGGGUUGGGCAGGCUCAGCAUUGUCAAGAAGUAAGCAGAGCUAGCAAGCCCCAUGGGUACACUUCACAUGGGAGGUGCAAUGGGCCACCAAGUCUAUUGCCUAUAGCAAAAAAAGAAAGUAAUGGGGGGGGCCCACAUCAGGAUCCAGAGAGGCCCAGUUCCACAUGGCAAAACUGAUCCUCAUUUUUACCAUUUGGAGGAGGGCAAGAGAGAUUGUGUGGCUGUCUGUAAUAAAAUAAAUCCCGGCACAUCAAAAACUUGCUGUCCAGGAAAGAAGGCAACUCUAGAACAUUUCUCCAAGUUUUAGUUUAUGUGCAAUUAAGAAGAAAAAUGAGGAGCAUUCAGUCGCUCAAUUCCCCAUUAUAGAACCCGAAGUAAUAUAGGCCAGGAAGUGAGCACUACACAGCCUUUUUAAGAACAGCAGAAGAACCUUCUUGCCGGAUCAGGCCCAUCUAUUCCAGUAUCCUGUUCUCACGGUGGCCAACCAGUCCUUUUCACACACUAUUUGAUCUAGGCUGUAAGCCAGAGCUGGGGCAAGCCUGCAGUCCUUCAGACGUUUCUGGACUCUCAGUGCCCAUCAUCCGUCACCCACUGGCCAUGUUGGUGGGGCUAAUGGGAACUGGAGUCCUAACAACAGCUGGAGGUCCAGAGGUUGUCCAGCCCAUCAUAAGGGAACUAGGAACCUACUAGCAAUGAGCAUUCCCCACAGACCAUGGCAGGUUCUGGGGACAGUUCGCACCUCCAGAGACCCUCGGAUCUGGAUCUGUCAGCGUUCCCCACUUCAGCAGCUCAAACCGCUUACCCAAAAGUAAAGCGAGAUGUGCCUGGGAGCUGCAUCAAUAGGCUUCCCCCACCCUGCCUAAAGCCCUUGGAAACCAAGCACACAGCAGGGAUGAACAGACAGAAUGUAUCUAUAGAGGUAUAUGUACAUAUUACACAGUGCAGUAAUUUUUGUAUGUAGCAGUAAUGUAAAUAAAUGUACUUUUUAUAUAAAUAUAUAUAAGAUAUUCUAUAAAGGCAUAUUUUAGUAGAAAACGCCGCUCUACUGCUUCUUUUGUAAAUAGUUCUCGUCAGAAUAAAAUGGGUCCUUUCUAUGG